CAGUCGGCGUCCGCGGGCAGCUGUGCGCCAGCCCGGGCAGGGGUCUCGCUUCUCUGCGCCGAGCCUCGGCGGCGGCAGCAACAUCAACAGAGAGCCGCCCGCUGCGCUCGAGCUGGGAGGCGUCCCCAGGGCCCGGCUGCGCUCGCGGGGGCGGGAGGCUGGCGGCGGGGAUGCUCCUCCUCGUGCAGGAGCUCAGCACCAGCAGCGGCCGGGCGGGAAGCCGCAGCAGUCUCGCUUGGGACCCGCGCCCAGGCGGCACGAAGAGGGAGAAGCGAGGACUUGACCCGGAGGGUAAGCUCGCCUCCUGAGCGUCGGUUUCCCGCCAAGGAGCUGCUGCCGCGGCCGGUCAGUGUCCGGCUGGCCCCUUUAGCAGCUUCGACGGGGGGGGGAGCGCCCGCGGGGGAGGCAGCUGCGCCACCCCCUUCGGUUUCUCCUUCCCCCGGGGUCGAGUAAGAGGGAGAGACCUGGCCUCCCCCCCCCCUCGCGCUUCCAUGGUAGAGUCCGCGUGCUUCGAAGGCGAGCGCGGAAAAGGCUGGUUGCGCCAACCCCGCGCGGAGCGAAGAGGCGGGAGGAGCCGAGAAGAAGUCGGUGGACUUCUCUCCCAGGCUCCGAAAAAAGCGGAGUUUUACUUCAGGCGUUUGCGGUUCGCUUUUUGAGACGGGAGGGAGAGAGAUGCUCUUAGGAUUCUGGCAAGUGCUGGGAUUUUGAGGGUGGUUUUAUUUAUUUGUUUAGAAACGAGCGAAGGACGGGUCUCGAAGAAAGGCGCUCGUGUUGUUUCCCAGAAAUAAUUUCGCCUCAGGUUAGUGUUCCCGGGAGUUCGUGCCGGGUUCACCUGCUCGAGACUUGGGCAGCUGCGCGUCUGCUGCCAGUCUAUCUGCGGGGCAAUUUCGGUCCGGGUUGUGCUGGGUGGAUGGAAGCGGCGGGGGAGAGAAAGCCUUGCAGGCAGAAAGUCCCAGGUGCAAUCGAUUCCUGUCCCCCCCCCCUCCAGGUGUGGCUGGGGGUUGGGGAAGACUCAUGCCUGCAACUCUGAAGAGCUGGUGCUAGUUAGAGUAGGAUAAUACUGAAUAAGGCAGCUUUCCUAUAUUGGAGUAUGUGUGUGGAGCAGGUGAUCCUUCCCUUUUGUCUAAUUGAGCUGUUUUCUUUUUUAAAAAAUAAGCAUUUAUUAUUAUUAAAAAUAUUUUAUACUAGCAAUUACAUUAAAGCAAAAUGCAAUGUAACAUACAGUAUGCAGAGAAAUAGGGUUGCAUUUGUUAAAUUGUCUACUGAAAAUCCUAGACAAAACUCAAGAGACAAGUUAUAUACAGUACCAGUUUUCAGGUUCAUGAAAAGGCUCUUAGUAUAUAUGACCUUGAAGGAGUCUACAAAUAAGGUUUGGGAUGGUAACCAAGGGUUAGUUUCCACUAAGCCAGCUGCGAUGUCCAGUCCACACCAUGGCAGUGCAAGAACAUCAGUUGAAUUUACCAAUGUAAGUAUUGUCUGAUGAAGAGGAGUCAUAUAACUCAGGAUUUAUGUAGGCUCUUUAAAAAAAAAAUCUGAGAUUAAUUCUGCAAGUUUUAACAGGGUUUCCAUAUUUUUAUGGCUGCCUCAUCAACUCAGGAUAUUAAACAUUGCUGUUUUGUGAUACAACCACAAAAUGUGGGAGAAGUUCAAAAUUUAGCCAGUAAGGUUUUUGGUUCAAGAAAAUAGAUUACAAAAAUUAAGAGAAUGACAAGUUUUUCAAGGUGCCACAGGAUAACCCCCAGAAAAAAAUGGCUAUUCUCCCUUAAUUUGUAUAAUACAGUGGUACCUCAGGUUUCAGACGCUUCAGGUUACAGACUCCGCUAACCCAGAAAUAGUACUUCGGGUUAACAACUUUGCUUCGGGGUGAGAACAGCAGCAGGAGGCCCCAUUAGCUAAAGUGGUACCUCAGGUUAAGAACAGUUUCGGGUUAAGAAUGGACCUCCAGAACGAAUUAAGUUCUUAACCCGAGGUACCACUGUAACUGUUUAUAGGCCAGGAACCAAAACAGUAUUUCAGGUGUGCCUAGGGUUCUUGGUAUGUCUUGUACAAUUUUAGCUUUCACUGUUACUCCCCACCCCCCCAUAUCAUAUCCAAAUUUGUGGAACUCUCCUCUAGUUCAAAAGAGAUUUGCUGCACAGCACCGGCGUGUGUGGAAGGGAGGGAUCAUGUCCAAACCUUUCUUGGCUCUUGUACCUAUUCAUGUGGUGGUUGUUAGAUCUAUGAUAGAACUAUUUAGUUCAGCUGUUCCUGUGGCAGAGUCAUUAGGAAAGCACCAUGUAAUUUCACUUGCAGAUCAAGGUAGUGAUUUGAACAGGGAUUUGGGAGGAACAAUUAAACUGAGUACGCAUUACUGCCUACUUGUCCACUCUCAUGUGCUCCCACCGCUGGUGUAUGAAGCUGAGUACACAUUAUUUUAGACACAAUCCAUCUGUAUCCCUUAGCUUUUUGAGAAAGGCUCUUUUGAUGUGCUUCCCCUCAAACCAGUGGAAGCUGUAGUUAAACUGAUGUGUGUACAUUUCAGGCUGACAUUGACCCAUGCACAAAUAAACUAGAAUUCACCGUGGAGAAACAAAUUGGACAUGGUAUGAAGAUACCCCUGUCUCCUCUAUGGUGUGUACAGCAGUGUUUAAAAAGCAACUUGAAACCCGGUGGGGGACCUCACUGAGUUUCAAGUCAUAGACUUAGUUGAAAGGAAAUUACAGUAACAGUCAAAUUCUGUGCAUCCUGACUAGGAAGUGUCCCUCUAUAAUCAGUGGGGCUUACUGCUAUGUCAGUGUUACAGCCUAAACUGCAACCUAAAUUGCAGUGUUGCAGACAGAAUUGCAGCCUAAAGCAUAUUAUUUCUGUGGGUUCAAAAACUGACAUGUAUUCCUGUGAGUAACUUGCUCAGUUUUUCCCCCUCAUUGUAGAGUAGGUGGGGUUCUAACUGAAUGGAUAUUGGUUUUUGGUGUUGGCUUUUUGUGGUCUUCUGUUGUGAAACAGUGUUAAGUUCUCAUUACCUUACCUACUUUAAUUCCUGAUUUCAUGCAGAUGAAGAUCCAAGGUUAGAUUUGGGCCCUGUAUUUGCAAGCCUGGAUGAGCUAUCGCUGGCAGAGGAAGAGGAGUGCGGGGGGAGUGCACUGCCCCCAGUAGUGUGAUCCUGGUGGGGUUCCAUUGCAGCUACUUCCCCCACCCACACUGGGUGCCAUGCCCCCACAGGCGGUGUGCCAUGCCCCCAGGAUGCACGCAUGCCCCUGUGGGCAGCGCACCAUGCUCCCACCUGCUCUCCCCCCCCCCCCAGUGCCAGAGCAUGAAGCUUCACCACUGUGAGCUAUCAUUUGGAGUGACAAUAGUGAGGAAACAUAUUGGCUGUAAUUGGGAGUCAAGGCUUUUCCCUAUGGCUAGACACUUAAGCUUCAGUUAGACAAAGUAUUUAGAUCCUGAAUAAGCGUGUUCCAUCAGAAGUAGCAAUAAUGUACCUUUCAGGCAUAUACCCUCUGCUUUUGUCUAGCAAAAUGCCCACCAUUAUAAUGGCUGGAAUGUAUGAGAGAGUAGAGGGAAGUCUUCUACUGUAACACAAAAAGGGAGCAGGAAAAUAUUGCAGUGUCCUCUGUAGGCUGAGGUGGAGUUUGUUCAGUGCACCUUUGUUGUAUCCCCUCUUCAGAAUUUCUGUUAAUGAGUGACACACAUGCUAUAACUUCAUUUGCAUGUAGCACUCAGCCAAAUCGUGGCUUAAUACCAAGGACCAAAUGUGCAAAUAUCCUGUUGAGGAUAUUGUGGCCACCUAGCUCCUUCUGUGGCUAUUUUGCUACUGUGCUGGACUAAGCCAUGGUUUGAUUUAGCCUGUUAUCUGAACCUGGACCUGUGGUCUAAUUCUCAGGCAAACCACCUUGGUUAGCUCACAAGCCCAGGUUCAAGCAACACACUGACUCGUGACUUACCACAGUAGAGCAGCAGAAUGACUGCAGGAGGAGCAAAGUGGCUGUGAGCUAUCUGGGAACCUGCACAUUCGCUAAUUUGUGCUAAGUUAUAGUUUGCCUUAGUAUGACAUGUGAACCUGUGUCAGCAGUAGAAAUCAGGGUUUGCUCUCAUAGCAGUGGUCUGAAGGGCAACACCUUUUAUUUCCCUAUUGGGAUGAAUAACAAGCACUUGUUUACAUGGGAGAGAUAAAGGACUGCACUUGGGAUUACCAUUCAGAUGGCUGCUCAGCCUGACCCGUGCCUCUAAUCUCAGACAUCAAGAUUCAGACCUGCUACUUCAGCAUAGCUCCUCUUAGUUCUGUUUCUUGAGGCGCUUCUAGAAUGUCACUGUUCUGAGGUGGGAUUCAGUCACAUACUGGCAAAUUCAGGUUGCACAAUUAUAGUUGUUUGGGAAGUCUUGAGCAGAAAACUCAUGUCACUCAGAGGACUUUUUAUGAUAAAGUGAGGUGAAAGUGUACUGGAAAGUGAGAGAAAUAACACCUGUUUUGACAUAACACCAUCUGACCUCCCCACAAACAAAUCAGAACAAGCUCUCUUUAAACUGCUGUUGUCUAACCUCCCUAACAAAUCAAGAUGAAUAAACAGGUUUUCUGGAAGCACCCUUGAUUUUACUAAAAUGUUAUCUAUGUGUAAUAUAGUUUUAGACAGAAAACAUCUCGUCUCCUAUUCGUUAGCAUUCUUAAACUAAUCCCAGACAGAUCAUUCUUCUGACUGGGAUUAGUUUAAGAAUGUUAACCCUUCAUGCCUGGCUGCUUCCAGACUACUUUGGAUUCAGUAUAUGUAGCCAAAAUGUAUCCAUUUAUAGUACCUGCAUAAUAAAGAGCAUUCUUUACCCUUUCAGUACAUUGCUGCAAUAUGGAAUAAAAAUGCAACUUUUGCAAUAAAUUGUACAUCGGGAGUUGGCAAGUGUUUCCUGAAAUUGCUUAAGCAAGUUUUUAAACUCAUGGUUUUGGAAGAAGGCAGGAAGAAGGUAGAUAACUGAAAAGUAGUUUAUUUACAAAGCAUGUCUUAAAAAAUAUAUCUGCAGCAAUGUCCAUUCCUGCUUGAAAUGUCUUGAACAGAGGAGUCAGAGAACUGCAGUCCACAGAGUGAUGUAAGCAAGAGAGUAUGAGUCAUGGUGUCUGAAAAGGAAGCCGAUAAACCUCUUCAUCGGUGGACACUGAACAAAUUCAAAGCUUGUAUAAGCAAGGCGGAGGUCUGAUUAAGUUUCACUUGAUGACGACAGAUCUGACUCUGGUCUUCAGCACACAGUAUAUCUAGGAUGACAUUCACAAAGUUUACUAAGGAAUUAAACUUGUAGUGCAAAAGAAAGGAAGAGAGCAAAGGAAAAGAGCUGCAACCUAAACCCAUAUUGGAUUUUACAGCAGUUAUGGGGGGGAAAUGCAGAACGUUACAAAUAUUUUUCUAGUAGAGUUCAAGAGUCAGAAGCUUUUUGAAAAAAGGAUGAUAAUCAAGUAAGGAAUUCAGGAGUAUACGGGCUGGUUUCUAGUCUAGAUGGAUUCUACAUUUUUUUUUUUAAUUUAAUUUUUAUUAGUUUCAAAUUCAUUAUGCAACACCAAACAUUAAAGCAACAAAAAAGACAAACAAAACACAAGAAAACAACAAAAAAGAAGAAAAACAUUACAUAACAUAAAACACCAACAAGUUAAACUUACAAUAACUAAAUAACUAAAUCACACAACAAUAGUUGACUUCCCCUCAACUCGGUUUUGGAAUAUGUUACAAAAGGUUUCCUAUCUGCAGUUUCGUUUUCUUAAAACUCUUUGCGUCGCAAGCGUUAUAUCGAGCCUACUGUGAUUUUUAGAUUUUUUACAUCUGUUUCAAUAUAUGUCAUAAAUUUAUUCCAUUCAUUAUUAAACUUUGUACCUUUUUGGUUUCUUAUUUUCUGUGUCAUUUUUGCCAAUUCUAUAUAGUCAAAUAAUUUUGAUUGCCACUCAUUUAUAGUUGGGAUUUUUGAUGUCUUCCAGUUUUGUGCUAUUAGUGUUCUAGCAGCCACUGUUGCAUAUUGGAAAAAUGUUUGGUCUUCCUUUUUAAUUUCUUCUCCAAUUAUCCCCAGAAGGAAGGCCUUGGGUUUUUUUGUGAAGGUAUAUUUAAAUAUUUUUUUUAAUUCAUUGUAAAUAGAUUCCCAAAACUUUCUAAUUACUUCACAAGACCACCACAUGUGGUAAAAAUUGCCUUCUUUAAUCUUGCAUUUCCAGCAUAAUUUGUCUCCGGUUUUAUACAUUUUUUCUAAUUUUACCGGCGUGAUGUACCACCUGUACAUCAUUUUAUUCAUGUUCUCUCUAAGUGUUGUACAUGCCGAAAAUUUCAUACCUUUAUUCCAAAGUUUCUUCCACUUAUCAAACUCUAUGUUGUAUCCAAAGUCUAUCGCCCAUUUCACCAUUACUUCUUUUAUUUCUUCAUCUUUAGUGUCCCAUUCAAGCAACUGGCUGUACAUUUUUGAUAGGAGUUUUGAUUUGUUUUCUAAUAUUUCUACCUGGAAUCUGGAUUUUUUUUCGUUCAUCCCAUUCUUUUUAUCUUCAGUCCACAUAGCAUUGAUUUGAUGAAAUUGGAUCCAGCCUGUCAAUUUAUUUUUUAUCUCCUCAUAUGGCCUAAUCUUCCAUCCAUUUUCUGUUUUUACUAGCAAAUCUUCAUAAGUCCAUCUUUCUCCUUCAGUAUUUAUUUUUUUUAUUGUUAAGAUGUCGAUAGGUGAUAACCACCAAGGGGUAUUUCUUUCCAAUAAUUUUUUGUUUCUCUCCCAUACUUCCAGCAGUGGCCCUCUAAUAAUAUGAUUAGAGAAUCCUUUGUGGACCUUUUCCUUAUUGCGCCAUAAAUAAGCGUGCCAACCAAAUCUUAUGUUGAAGCCUUCUAAAUCUAAUAGAUCUGUGUUUUUGAUAACAAUCCAGUCUUUAACCCAGCAAAGGCACGAGGCUUCAUAAUACAACUUCAAAUUUGGAACCGCAAAUCCUCCCCUAUCUCUUUGAUCUGUGAGUAAUUUGAAUCUAAUUCUUGGCCUUUUCCCUUGCCAAAUAAAUUUCGAGAGUACUUUCUGCCAAUCUUUAAAUACUGAGGUUCCCCUGAUUAUCGGUAUAUUUUGAAAUAAGAACAGCAACUUCGGUAAUAAACUCAUCUUAAUUGCCGCCAUUCUUCCUGACCAAGAGAGUUUUAUUCUAUUCCAGGUAUCCAGGUCCUUCCUUAUUUCUUUCCAUGUGUUUGUGUAGUUGUCUUCCAUUAAAUUUAUAUUCUUCAUCGUUAGCCAAAUUCCGAGGUAUUUUACUUUUUUAGUUACUUUGAUCCCGGUCUGUAUUUCAAGAUGGUUUUUUACCUCUUCUAUCAUAUUUUUAGUCAUCAUUUUAGUUUUUGUUCUAUUUAGUUUAAAGCCGGAUAACUUUCCGUAUUCUUCUAGCAAAUCUAACACUUUACCGACGCUUUUUGGGGGGUUUUCCAGCGACAACAUAAGAUCAUCGGCAUAUGCUUUCAAUUUGUAGUCUUUCACUCCAAUUUUUAUUCUGCGUAUCUCUGAAGUUUUCCUUAUCUUAUUUGUAAUUAUUUCUAACACCAUAAUAAACAAAAGAGGUGUCUUGUACCCUUCGAAAUUUCUAAGGAUUCUGUUAAGUUAUUAUUAAUAAUUAGUUUAGCACUUUGUUGUGAAUAAAUUGCUUUUAUUCGUUCCAGGAAUGUGCCCUCUAUCCCUGCUAUUUCUAAACAUUUUAUUAGAAAAUGCCAGGAUACAUUGUCAAAAGCCUUUUCGGCGUCAAUGAAUAUUAAUACCGCGGGGAUCUCAUUCUUGCAUUCUAAGUAUUCAAUAAGAUUUAUUUUAUGUUGUCUUUUAUUUGCCUGUUAGGUAAGAAACCGGCUUGAUCAUUAUGAAUGAAUUUGACUAAGCACUUUUUAAGUCGACUCGCCAUUACAUAGAUGGAUUCUACAUUCUGCUGUGGGUGAGGGUGAGUGUGGUUACUCAAUAUGCACUUGAAAACCCUCCCCUUAAUUAGGUUGUCCACUCCUCUUCGUCCCUGCAGGUGUCCCAGGUGGUGAUUGUGAUCUUGAUAUACACCACUCACAAUGUCAUUGGACAGGUGUGGUGUCCAUCCCACCACCCAUUGUUAGGUAACACAAAAUCAAUCUGCUAUGAGCUCUUGUUUUUGGAAUGAAACUUCCGGGGUGGCGCCAUCGGCAAUGGCGGACUCCCUCUGAACUGGAGGGACUAGCUCCGCGUGAAACGGGUCUUCUCCGCUAUGGCGAAGCGGGGACCCCUUUAAAAAUCACAGGCGGAUGAAGCCUGUGACCGUGGGACUCAGCGGGCACCUUUAGCGCCCCCCCCAACUCGCAAAGGAACCCACUAACGGGCUCCGAAGUGAAGAGGGGGAAGUGGCGCGGUGCUGUGAGUCAACUGCUAUUUCCGUGGAGCUAAGCCGCAUAGCCGUUGCCGGAGAGCACUGCCUUUUUCCUGGGACAAUUUGGACUCUAAAAUAAGCACCCGUGAGUACUUAAACUUUGAGCAACUGGACCUUAAAUAAGGACUUGCAAGCAGAAAGGAAUUGGAUUUAAAAAUUUGUUUCAAUUUGGUACUGAACGGGAAGGUCUAAACAGGAAGUCAGCCUUCCGUUCUUUUGUAGACAGAAUAAAGCAAAGACAACGUAAACUAGAGCUCAGAAAAUCGCCUUUAAAGGAUUGGAUUUCACCAUUUAAAAUUGUGGAACCCCCCUUCGAUAGCAGGAGAAGAAGGGGGAUCUUUUUUCGGACUGUUUAAAGUGAGUUUAAAGUAAAGUAACUUUCCACCGUCCUGAUCCUGGAGCGGGGUGUCAGGACUGACGUUUGAAGCUCAUUGACCAGAGACAAACGUUUUUGACAGAUAGCUAAAAGAAGAGAAACAUAGUGAUUCCACUGUUUCGCUUCGCAUUUUAAAGGAACAAAUAUUGACAAAAUAUCUUAAAAAGGAAAACUUUGUUGCAAGAACAAAUAGAAGCUUUCCCCCUAGAGGGAGAUUGUGAAACUGUAACCAAUUCCAGGGAGCUGGCAGCUGUUACAGAUUACAAUCGUGGGAAUAGACAUUUGACCUUGCAGGACAAUGUAUUCAGAAGCUCUGUUGUGUGCUUUCUAUAAAACAAAUGCCCUACUGGAACAGUUACAUGAGAAGAUGAAUUUGAUGGCGACUUCGACUAGAAAUUUUGAACAGGCAGUGGGAAAUUUUGAACAGACAGUGGGAAAAUAUGUGGAGCCCACCCAGGAAUUAAAUCAGGAGCGUGUCCUGACAGAACAGGCCCAACAGGAAUAUGAGCUUUCGGACUUGACAAAUGAACUUGGAAAAGCCAGAUUUGGAAAGAAAAAGUUUGGUUUGGCUUGGAAAUGGGGGGCUGGAUUGACCCCCCUAUGCUGGGAUGUUUGGACUUUUCAAAUCUGGCAAUGGGCCGUGAGAUGUUUGGGAUUGUGGGGGCUCUUAAUUUUGGAGGGUUUUUGAAACAUGUUUUUAAAUACCACAUGGAAUUUAGUGUUGAAUAUGGAAAAGGGGCUGAUUUGUUGAGAAGGGUCAAAAAUAUUGCCAAGCUGGAGUUACCACAAGUAGGAGACAAGGGAAAAUACAGUUACAAAUAUGAAGAAGAGCUGCGGAAGGGACAUGGAAGAGACUUGAGGGCCUCAGAUAUAAGGUUGCCAGGUUAAUGCGCUAGAUCGAUGGGAUAAUAAGGACUGACAAAACCCGGGACCAGGAGGAAGGGACGCUGGAUGAAGAUUGGAUCUGUUUGUAUUUCUUUUUUUUACUAUUAGGACUGUUUUAUAAAAUUGAUGAAUGUUAGAAAAAUGUUGGAAUGAAAUUACUUGGCUCUAGCAAAAAUGUUUAAAGAAUUAGGCAAGAAUAUUAUGGUUAUGAGAAGUGGGUAAAAAUAAGAUUUAAGUUUUAAGGUUUUUUAUAAGAUAAGAUGAAAAUAGAAUGAAAUUACUUGGCUCUAGCAAAAAUGUUUAAAGAAUUAUGAAAGAAUAUUAUGGUUAUGAGAAGUUGGUAAGGAUAAGAUUUAAGCUUUAAGUUUCAAGGUUUUUUUUUUAUAGAAAGAUAAAAUUAAAACAGUUUAAGGUAGUGUAAUGACAGAAUAUUAUGAAAUAUGGAAAGGAUUUGCUGGGAUAAUUAAUAACUAGGAUACAAAGAAAGGGAGGAGGAGGAGGUCAAAGAAAGAAGGUAAUGACAGUUGAGGAUUUGAGAAUAAUGAAUUUGUUUUUAAAUGUUUGUGGUGUAUUUUUGUUUUUUUGUUUUGUUUUUUUUCUUAUUUUGAAUUUGUAUUCGUAUUGUUGGAAGUGGUUUGUUUUUCCCUUUUUCUACUUUGUUAACCAUUUUUAUUUUGUAUUUUCCUCUUUUUCUAUUUUUAUUUUGUAACAUUUUGAAAAUUUCAAUAAAUAUCUUUAAAAAAAAAAAUGAAACCAGUUUCUGAGGAAGUGCUUUCAGCAAUAGAAACAUGCAAUAGAAAACAAUUAAUUUCCGACGAUUCUAGGCUAAAAUGUUGUGUGUAUGUACGUCAUACAUUUAAAACAUAUUUCCCCCAAAGUGGCAGUGGAACUGUAGUUUACUACCACUUAUAGAGCAACAAUCCCUACCAGCCUUAACAAACUACAGUUUCAAGGUUUCUUUUGAGGGAGGGACAAUGGCUUUAAAUGUAUGGUGUGUACACAGCCUCACAAGGGUGGAGAACAGAAAGGUAAAUAGGGAAAUGCUCACUUUCAGUUACAUUUCUUCUAAUACAUAUUGCUCCUCAGUAGUCUUAGCUUUCAUGAGAAUUCUGUGGAAAGAGCUGGGAGAGCUGCAAUUUAGGGAGUGAUGUCAGCAGAGAGCGUGAGUCAUCAGUUUUGAUUUAGGAGGAAGGUUACAUUUAUCGGAACUUAAGAAGAUGCCUAAUGCAGAGUCAGGCCACUGAUAAUAGAAUCAUAGAUUUGCAGAGUUGGAAGGGACCACAAGGCUCAUCUAGUCCAUCUCCCUGCAAUGCAGGAAUCGUUUUGCUAAAUGUGGGGCUUGAACCCACAACCUUGAGAUUGUACACUGGGCAGCAGUGGUUCUUCAGGAUUGCAGGAAUCGGGUAUUUUCAGCCCUACCUGGAGUUGCUGAGGAUUGAACCUGGGACUUAAUGCAUGCAAAGCAGAUGCUCUCCUAUUGAGCUUCUCAUUGUUGGUUUCUGGAGAAAUUGAGAGCUGGUGCAAGCAAGGUGCUGUUAUCACAGUACUGAGCUUCACUUAACGAUGGUAGACUUGACCUGAUUGUGGCUCUUCUAGUAGUUUUCUUUUUCACAUCGCACAUUAUAGUUUGUAAAGUGAAAAUGCAAAGAACAGGUGCAGUCAGGAUCAUUUGGACCUUUGGGAAUGCGCUCUCUCUCUCUCUCUGUGAAUACAUAUAUGGGAAUGGAUGAGUUUAACCUUCUUACCACCUGACAUUUCUCUGCUUCAACUCACCUCAAGCUGCUGUGGAACUCUUGCACUCAGUAGUGUUCAACAUAUACUUAAUAUCAGUUACUGAAAUCGGUGCUGAGAUGGUUCCUGUCCUUAGGUUUACAAUCUAAAAGGGCAUGACACAUGAGAAAAAUACGAAUGGGAAGGAGGAGGGAAAAUUUUUAAAUUACAGUUGUUGUUGUUGUUAUAAUACAGUUAUAUAGUUCUGUCUAUGCAGAUUCUGGAUGUCUUAGAGGGCAUCAACUUCCCACUGAUGUCACUAGUGGUUCUGACUGCCUUGCCCUUGAUGGAGAGCAGUUCCUCUCCAGAAGCAUUUUUUCGCCCCACCCCAAUCAGAUCUGGCAGGAGAGUGGCAACAAUGUCCAAGCCAGAAGGACAGGGCUGCUCCUGCCACACACAGUUCUUUCCUCAGACAAAAUUUGUGACCAAGUCCAAAAUUACAGCUCUGUAGAAGAUCUUUAGUUUUUAACCAAUAUGGGAUUGGCUUUUCAGGAUCUGGGACAUCAUUCUCAUGGAUGAAAUUUAUGUGGGAAGUUCAAAGCUUCACAGAUAGUAUGUCCUCUGAAGUUUAUUUCAAGCAUUGGUUUCUCGUUCAUAAUUGGUUUCUGCUAUUUAUUUGGAAUAGCAUUCUGGUGUUGCUAAGAAACUAAUUUACUCAUAAAUAUUCAUUUGUGACAAAGUAUUCGGGCAAAUUACCAGACAUUUGGUAAUUUUUUUAUUGGAAAAUACCCAUUUCCUAGGAGAAUCCUGGGCAUAGUCUCAUGGUUGGUGAUCAGAGCUGGGCACAGUAACUUUAUCUGUUAAAUUGCCUUAUCUGAUAGUGGGCCUUUUCUAUACAUGGAUAGUUUUAACACUGCCAGUUCACUGAAUGCCUCUAAUUUAGGAACUGACCAGAAUGGUGACAAAUGCAGCAAUUAUUAAUUUUGGGAGGAGGCAGAUUAGAAUAGAUUGGCCAUAGCAUCUAGUCAUGCCCUGAAGCACUAUGCCAGAGGACUGAUUUCAGCAAACGUUUCAUGGUCAGAUUAUUAUACUGUGUGUGAAAAGCAUAGAGGCUCUGUUAGAAAAGGGAGAGCUUAUAUAGACCUGCUGGGUAUAACGUUUUACAGAAUUGGGUUUUGUACAUAUAUCUAUUACUAGCCCAUGUUUAAAAGGGAAUAAACUACCAACAAUAGCAUGUUUGAGGACUCUGAUUUUGAUGAGUAUUAGAAGACUUAUUAAACUACAGAUCAAAUACCCGGAAACGUCAGCUGGAAGAUCGUUCUAUUUGAAAAGUUGUCCAUCUGUCAUCCAGAUUUUUGUGCAGUUUUACCACUAGCACUUGCAGUGUGACAGAACUCUUCAUUCUGACACAAUUCAGUAAGCUGGAGACAAGCCUCAUUAUUACUCUUUAAAAAUAAUAAACUUAUUGAGACCUGGCAAUUCGCCAGUGAGGAGCAGCGGUUCCGAAAAAGCAUUACUGAGGGAAGAGAGCUUGACUUUUCUACAGCUCAUUGGCUAGUCUGGAGAACUUAGCCAUGAGCCUGGGUUGGGCCCAUGUGCUAAGUCAAAACCUGGCCUGGCUUGGCAAAGUAUAGCAGCAAAAGGACUGGAGAGCCGCAAAUUGGCAUGUGAAGUCCAGGUUAUUAUCUCUUGAAAACUCCAUACUGAAAUUAGAUGCAAUAUUAGAUUCUUGAUCCUAAAACUACUGUUCCUUUCUAAGUAAAAAGAGAUUCGGAAACUCUUCUUUAUAUUAGCAAAUGGUAACAGGGUCCCUGUCUUAUGAUAAGCCCCAAUCUUCUGAAAAUUUGUGAUAAUUUCUUGGCAGGGUAGGGUAGGGUAGGGUAGGUGUUGCUCAGCCCUUUCCCACAGUGGGCAAGAUGUUCUCUGCAGUCCCUGCAGGGACUUAGUUCUGGUGCCAAAUGUUUACUUUGUUAUAUGAGAUUUCUUCCUAAUUUGAACUCAAGAUGCCUCCGUAAAUAUGACCUCUACGUGAGGCAAACAGUGCAGAUCUGUUCAGCUUUGCAAGUUCCUCUUGGUUGGCGCAGAAUUGGAAUCUUGUAAAGCUGUUAGACAAGUAUAUAUAACUAACUAACUAACUAACUAACUAACUAACAGCCGACUCAAUACAUUUUGCUGCCUAAGGACAAGAUGGCAUCUCCCAUUCCAUAUAAAGCAACUGACUGAACUGGCAUUGCAUCUUACUCAAUACUAGGUUCUUGCUGUUUUUAAACAGAUCUUCCAACUGCACAAAUUCCCAUCAGAUACUCCACACUAAAAUAAAAAAGUGGACUGAACACAAAGCCUUAUUUGCUCCUUGCACCCUGUUUUAGUGGGCGCUUCAUAUCUACUAUACAGUGACAAUUCAUUUAUGAAUCUUCCUUAGUUCCGUAACAACAGGCACAAAAAGCCCCAAGGGUACUUUAAAGGUACUUACAAAAAUGAGACAAAGCAGUACCCACCUGAAGGUGAAGGUGAAGAAGAGGAGGUUCCAGCCAUUUUAUUUUAAGCAUGAAAACAGAGAACAUUCUACACACACACACACACACACACACACACACAUACACAAACACAUUUUCCCCCAACUCUAUGUUUUGUGUCUACCUGCGCACGCACACCCACCCACCCAUCCCCCUACACCCCUUCUUCAACACUGGUGACAGGAUAGUGCCCUCUACCACACCUGAAUUUAGGGGGUCUAGGACAGACAGCAGAGCAUACAUGGGCCUGUUAUCUAGCAAGAACAGAUACACCUUAGGAGAGUGAGUGAGGGAGAGUUGCAGCUCCUGCCCUCCAACACCUGUUGCCUGAUGUAGUUUCUAUACUUUGCCUAACAGUAGAGAAUAACAUGUUUUUGUAUUGUGUUGUGGUGUUCUUUUUUUCUUAUUUUUUGCGUGUGUUUGAAUUGUCGGAAAAGUAAUAAAUAUUAUUUUUUUUUUAAAAAAAGAGAAUAACAUUUUCCAGGCAAUGUACAGUAAUGGUGUAUAGUAGGAUGUGUUGAUAAAGUUCUAUUGAUUGUAAUGAAACCAGAUGGUAUCUGUAAGUGGAAUUAUCCUUUCUACCACCAUUUAUUUAACAUUUCUUUGUCAUAGAAAAUUAGUGCAACAAAAUUAUUUGCAUCACAGUGUGGUUCACUGCUAAGGCCCUGUUUGCAUCUUUUGAGUAGGUUAUUUCAGAGCUAUAACAUGUCUGAAAUUGCAAAGCAUAGCCCAAAUGUAGCCCUUGUACUUCGCCCUUUGAAGUUCAGGUUUUCUCAUCUAAAGGAGUGCAGCUGAUUUUUGUCAUGUUUCCUAAACCUGAUUUCUGCCAUUUGGUAUUGAAAAGGAAAUUGAACAGAUGUGUAGCUUAAUUUCUUCUUAUUAAUAGCCUAAUCUCAAAAAUUGAAACAAUUUAUAUAAAAAGCUUUUUCUAAAGGCCGUAUUGAGCAUGUAGACUGUGCUACUGAAUAAUUUAAAUCUUAUAAAUACUGUGCAAGGACUUGAUUCAUUAACAUUAGCCUGACAUGCUUAAAGGCCAAUAAUUCUAGAAAGAUAACUUGUUGCUCUUCUUUGCCUGGUAUUAAUCACCCAGACAUUAAUAAGUGGACACAGGAACAGGCAGCAAGUGUGCAUUCGUUUUCAUCCCAAGAUUUGUUUCUGGCACUUCUUCUUUUUAAUUCCUCAAAGAAAAUGCUGUCAGCUUACCAAGAGUGGGUUGUUGAAAGGGAAGUUCCAGCUUCAUAGAGCUGUAGGGAAGAGAAACGGAACUAUUUAAAUAUUUCACAGAGGCCACAGAAGAGCCUUUAGAAACAAUUGUUUUCACGGGGAAUUGGAACAAGGGAACAUUUAUUUAUGAGAAUUGUGUAAACCUGGGAUUCUUUUUCUCUAACCUUUUAAAAUGCUCUGUUCUGCAGGUGCCUAUCAGAUGCCAUUAAUGUUUUUGAUAGCCACCUGUGGUGAUAAGGAUUAACAUUUCUGGAUUGCCAGAUUGAAAUGUUUUAAAUACUGUCAUUUAGUAUUUUGAUAGUAGAUUUCUCGUUGACGAUAAUGACCUUUUCCCAUUUCCUUUAUUUCAUUGCUCAUCAAAAAUAAGUUAAAGUGGCAUGCAUAUAUAUGCAUGCAGUGGUCUUUUCCAUGUGAAGUAAAAUAAGUUUAAAUUUAGAAAACAGUAUUGCUUCCAUAGCUGUUAAGAGAGGGAAGUCUCAUUACAUCUGAAGGCAGCCCUGUUCAGGGAAGUUUUUAAUAUGUGACAUUUUAGUGUAUUUUUCAUCUUUGUUGGAAGCCGCCCAGAGUGGCUGGGGAAACCCAGCCAGAUGGGCGGGGUACAAAUAAUAGAUGAUUAUGAUUAUGAUUAUGAUUAUGAUUAUUAUUAUUAUUAUUAUUAUUACAGAUUGUUUAGUAGGCUGUUGACUGUUUUCAUAAUACUAAAUUUAUGUUUUGGGAUGUUCUGAUUUGGUUUAUUGAAGAUUUUAUGUUUUGUUUAAAUUGCGUAGACAUGUUUUAAAAUAAGAGUUUUGAAAUGAUAAAUAGUUUUUUCAAAAAUAUUGGUGAUGGUUUUUGAUGUUGUUGUAAACUGGGCAGGGUACACAGUGGGAAAACAGAAUAUAAAUAAAGUUCCUAACACAGUGAUCCCAACUAAAUCCAUUGGAAGGAGAUGGGAUCACUCCUAAUCCUCUUGUACUGGUGGAGGCUAAAGAUACACUAGCAUAGCGAUUCUACAUUUCUGUAGCUUCAUUGUUGCACCAGUGGGAACUACUGCUGGUAAAACCCUGUCAGUGCAAGGGAAGAUCAGAAGCUAGUUGGAAUUCUGUGUUCCUUGGUUAGUCCCUCCCUUUAAUAGUAGUAUAUGAAAAUGUGUAAGUUAAAACUCUCAAAUUUAAGUUAGAAGAGAUUUUUAAAUGAGUGUUUCCCUCCCCCUCCCCCCGUCCAACCAGCCACAGUAGAGGAAAGGAUUCAGCUAAUCGUGGAGUACAUAAGCCUUUUUCAGAGAACAUUGACUGCAAGUACAUGGCAUAGGACUACAUAACUCUGCCUCAAUGCUUAUAGAGCUGGAAGCCCUCAAGUGGAGACAUUAAUGAUGUGUCAUUGGGCAAAGAGGGAACACUUUGCACUAAUGGCAGAUAACUAACAGCCAGAGAGGACAAAAAGAAAGGAAGAGAAGAUGUAUAACACUUGGCUUCUCAGAACCCUAAUGGGUUCAUUCUCUCAUCAGGGGAUGAGACACUAUGCUUCAAAGCAUGAUGCCACCAAUAACUUCAUCCCUCUUGCUGAAGCUUUCUCAGAAAAGAGUGGGGGAUAUGGGAGGUUUCUUCAGCAACCAAGGGCAUAAUAUGUCUUCCACCUCCACCCUUUGCAUGAGGGAAAGCUGUUUAUGUUCACUGUGCUAACAACUGUUACUCUGUAGGUUAUAAAAAUGUCUCCCAUACAGAGGACCUAAGUUUGUCAUCUGCAGUAAGUGGUUUAGUGCCAGCAAACCCAAGAUUGUGGCAGAGCUUUGUUUUUAAAUACACAGAUCUGCCACUGUUGUAUUUACUUGCCCUCUGUGUGUUCAGAGUGUAGUGCAGUAAAGUCACAAUUUCUGUUGGCUUCCAAACAAGAUUCUUAUGCUAAGACACUCAUGUGAGAUUGUGUGUGUGCAAUCAUUACUUCUUUCUGUUUCUUUUAUCCUCUUGGCUUAAAGAUAUCAAAUAGCAAAUGUAGCAGUAGAAUUAGACAAAUUGAUGUCCUGUUGAGCAAAUGAAAGGAGGUCAGCAAGACCUAACAACCUGCUGUAGUCUGCAGUCUGGAAAGAAUCUUCUUCUAACCACUGUGGAAUUUAACACUGUCAGAACGUUUUGUGUGUGUGUGUGUGUGUGUGUGUGUGUGUUUUAAGUGCUGUGAAGCAUAUUCAAGACUGGCUCUGUGAAAAGAGAUUCACUUAAUACAAAGAUGGCCAUUGCAUGUCAGGAGACCGUAUUUCUCUCUUGUUCUGUAGCCUACAUCUUGUCCUGGCACUGCCUACAAUUAGACACUGGUGGUUAACAAUGGCCAGCAGCUGUAUUUGUGGGCUCUGUUCUUUUGCCAAGGUUCUGUCAAGUUCUAGUAGGUGUGGGAAAGACCACAAUUCAAUGGUGUGGCACCUGAUUUUCAUGCAGAAGGUCCUGGGUUCACUCUGUAGUGUUCCUGUCAGGUAGCAGGUGAAGGGGAUGACAUUUGCCUGAGAUCGUGGAGAGGAGCUGUCAGUCAGAGUAAUAAUAAAUAAUAAUAACUUUUAUUAUUUAUACCCCGCCCAUCUGGCUGGGUUUCCCCAGCCACUCUUGGCAGCUCCCAAUAGAGGACUAAAAACAGAAUAAAACAGUAGGCACUACUGGGCCAGACUGACAAAAUAGUUUGGCUUGGCAUAAGGAAGCUUCCUGUGUUCCCUAGCAUUGCUGAGAAAUUGAACCCAGAGGAUGGAACUGUGUAGAUGGACAGGCAUGAUUCUCAGUGACUGGGGUGACCAAGGGCAAGGUUGCUCUUGCUAACAAGGCCAAUGACAGGGUUGCUGUGUUCAUGGUGCAGUUGUUCUUGUGGAUAGAGUUGAUUGCAAUAAUAAUAAUAAUAAUAAUAAUAAUAAUAAUAAUAAUUUAUUAUUUAUUAUUUAUACCCCGCCCAUAUGUCGAUCCUUUCUCUAAAACAUAAUGUUGCCCCUUAUAAUAAGGGGGGAGGAAGGGGUAAGAUUUAAUGAAAUCUAAAACAUCACUUGUUCUUAUGGGAAAAUAUGAAGUUAUUUGAGCAUGUGAGUCUUUCACAUGCUGGUGUUUUAUCCUCCCAAACACUUUUACUUGGACACAAGUCUGAUUGAUUUGAGACAUACUUACCAAAAAGUGUCCUUAGGAAACAAAGUCAUGUGUCCAAGUUCUUUCAGGUAGCAACUUUCACUGCUUGAGCACUACCUGCUUCCCUUCUACCAGGAAGAACUUGGUACUCUAGAGAUGCUGUGAUAUGCAAACAGCCCUGUGUCCUGGGGUCUUCUGCCAUUGUUUUGAUUCAAGCUGUGUUUGACCUACAAAUUGGUAUAGUUCACUGCAGAGUUGCACCAUCAAAGCAGGUUGCUAAACAAUUCUAAAUUAAAUUGAAGACAAACCUUUUGCUGUCACGUACCAUUUGAGGACAUACUUUGUAUGGAUUUGUAAAGAAAUACAGAAUGACAUAUGGAUAAUUCUGGCCAGAUAAAACCUAUUACUCAAAGCUAAAUUGAUCAGAACCGUGUAACAAAUGUUACUCAUUUUCUGCUCCGAAACAAAAAAAACAUCUGUGGUGUUAAAUCACCUGUGGAGAAGGGGAAAAAAAGGCUUGGGCAUAACUCACCUCAAUCUUAUUGUUUUGUCUGCAGCAUUUGUACUGAACUAAAACCUGUCUUUUUUGAGAUAAACUAUAUACCUUGUGCUUCAUCACUGUCAUUGAAUUUCCAUUUUAAGUACUACAUUUCAAUGGGAAAUGAGAUAAAUAUUAAAAACUUAAAGCAGUGCAGAGGUUUGGGAUAGCAUUCUGUCAGUUUGUUAGAUUGUGUCACACUCAUCACAAUUUAAGUUGCACAUAUUAUUUUCUCCGCACACUGUUGGCGUGUUCAGGCAUUGACCUCAACAUGCAAGUGCAAAACUGUGGAGCAGGGUCAGGGGGUCAGGGCUGCAUGUUCAUGCCCUUCCCUUGAUGUACAUGGUUCUCCUGUGGAGAUCUUCCAUCUGUUAAUGUGGGGAAAGUCUGCUUACGAUGCAGUGCAUCUCUGUGUUGUUGUCAAAUACUCCCUUUCAGAGAGCAGCUUAGGGAUGAGAUGAGAAAUUUUGAAAUCCACAGAGGCAGGAGCAGAAUAUGAGCGAGCUAGAGGCUGGAAGCAUCUUGGGAUUGUAGGUGCUUCUCUGGAGACCUGAAGUGGGGCAGAGGAUCUGCUGCCUGAUAGGAGUUCACAUGCUGCUUGCCUCCACCUGUGCUCCACUUGUAAAUAAGCCAAAUAUUACGAAAGCAUAAUAUGUGUCUAGUGUUCUCUCGUCCAAAUGAAGCUAAACCAAGCUAAUACUCCUCCUGAAACCUCUCACCACUUGGGAGAAGUGAGGAACACAUAAUACUGUAUUUUUUAUAUAAAAACUAAUGUUUAUUAAAUAUUUUCUUGGUUUAUAAAAGUACGUGCAUUGUCUCUUUUUCAGGUUGUUAAGUCUUUUCUACAGAUCAGUUACAUUUGAUAUGAGACUUUAGUGUUAUAUACAGUAUAAGAUCAAGGAAGAAGAGAGGGGAGAGAUGGGGUGGUGAAACUUACAUUCUUUUAUAUAGUGUAUGUAUGGGGUUUUGUGUCAGUGUCAACUGGAUAGGUUCUCUUUCAAUUCGCUUUUUACAUUUCCUUGGUAGUGAGAGGGUGUGGUUGGUUGUCUGUAGUUGGCUGCAGUGAGGUUUGUUUGCGUUUGUGAGUGGGGGAGGGAUGGUUGGGUCAUGUAAGUCAUCUAUUUUCCCAUGUCAGUUUCGGUCUGUCGGUUAGCUUUUCUAGGAAGGCUGUUUCCCAUGUUAUUUGUACCAGUGGCCCAUGUUCACUCCUGACAGAUCUCUGCAGUGUCUGGCUAUGAUGCUUUUGUCUGAUGAAAGUAGGUGGGUUAUAAGCUCUUUAUAAUGUGAAUGGACAUUAUUAUCUUGGAAAAUAUUCAGUAGAGCCAGUUCUGGGGUGAAUUCUAAUACCUGUUAGUUAUUUUGCAUAUCUCUUGUAGGACUGCUGUCCAGGAGGGUUGGAUUUUGGGGCAUUCCCACCACAUGUGAAGGUAUGUGCCUGUGGAGGUGCAGCCUCUCCAACAUUUUGGCUCCUGGGCUUAUCAAUGCCAGUUUCAUGGUGUUAGGUACCAUCUAUAGGUAAGUUUAAGAGUGAGUUUCCUUCUUUCGGCUGAGAUGGAUUUAAAGGGAGGUUUAGACCACAUUCCAGUCCAUUGGAUGGGGUUAAAUUUCAUACCCUAUGUUGUGCUCCUGUUGUUUUUGAUUGCGUCAUGAGGAUUUGUGGGAUUUUGGAGCAGUAUUUUGUAUACUGUGAUUACCAUCUCCUUGCCGUCUCCCGUUGCUGUCAGGAGAAGGUUUUUGAAGGUAGCCAAGGGCUUAGUGGCUGCUGAUUUUACUGGUGGAUUGUUCAAGAAGGCGUGUAGUUGGUGCUGCAUUAGCCAAGGUAUUUGGGUGUCCCCUAGUUUGUCUUGUAUUUCUUGUGUCGGUAUAGGUUUGUGUCAGUAUGGGUAGAAGUCUUUAAAUGAUGUAGGCCUUUGGCUUGCCAGGUUUUUAUCUGGAGGCUUUGUGCUGCAUGUUGGAAUAGUGGGUGAUGAGCCAGGGGAAUUAGUGAGGCUAAGGCUGGGGACAGUUUGCCUACUUUUUCCUUCCAUGCUUUAGGCAUGGACUGUGUGAACCUGUUUAGUAUUGUGGGGAUUUUCUUUAGUUUGUUUUGGAGAAAUGGGUACAGUUGAACCUCCUCCUCUUCUUAUGGUUGUUCCAAGUCGUGACUGCGGCAAACUCGGAAGUAACUGUCAGGUUUGCUGCCGUUCGCGCAUGCGCAGGAGCGGCGAUCGCCAUUCAUGCAUGUGCAGAAGUGGCAAUUGCCGCCCGUGCCUGCGCACAACAGCGCCUCUCCCAGCAACCCAUUUCGACCUCUGGACAGACCUCCGGAACAGAUUAUGGUCGCAAAUAGAGGUUCCACUGUAUGCUGUUUUGGGGAAGUUUUUGAUUGUUCUCUCCAAGUGGACCCAUUGUUUCGUCUCGUCAUCUAGAAUGUAUGGGAUUAUAUGGCACACUUGGUUAGCAAUGUAAUAUGAUUCUAUUUUGGGGGUUCCCCAUCCUCCUCCUCAGGAGGGGAGGCACAGGUAUUUGGGGCUUAUUCUUGGCUUUUUGUGAGAGAAAAUAAAUGAGUAUAGUUUUUUCUGCCAUUUCUGGAACUGGGGAUAAUACUGUAUUUCUAAAGCUAACUGGUAUUUAUCAGCUCAAUUGGCUUUUUAAAAAAUCUUCAGGCAUUAAGUGUUUUAGCCUGAGUAUUAGUAUUUUAAUACAUAUGUGCUACUGCUUCACACUUCUGUUUUAUAAAUUUGGUACAGCUUGGAAGCACAGGCUUUGAUCUAACAGAAUCCAAGACAGCGUGCCAGGGAAGCUGGCAUAAUUCCAAAAAAAAUGAAAGAGUCGCUUCUAGCUUCUGUUUUUACUUGAGCAAUGAAUGUGCCAACAAGUGUCCUUUUGGUGCUGUGUAUUAACUGCUGAUAUGUAACUUCAGGAGAUGAAAUAAUAGGAAUUCUAGCAAGAUUGCGGUGUUUGUUUAAUGAUGGGCUUUUUUGUUACUUCAACUCUUUACCAUGCCUUCAUGUCUAACCAUUAAAAAAUGUUUUGCAGUAUUUGAUAAUUAAACAUUGUCUGGGUAUAAAGACACUGUCUCCACCUGACAGCCUGAACAUCAAUAUGUUAAUACAAAAAGGUUACUUUUUAUUUGUUGUGAUCCAGCAGUGACAUGAACUGUUUAUUCCAAUUAGUUACAUUGAACUUUGUUCAGUUGAUCAUAAGCUCAUUUAUUUGGAAGGAAGUCCUAUUAGGUUCAAAAGGGUAUACUCUGGAGUAAAUGUACAUAAUACCACAGUCCCGCAACAUGUUUUGAUAUAUUUAAAAGCCAUGCUGUUGGCCGUUUUAGUAUAAUGAAGGCUCCACUUGCAGAGCUAAGGAGUGUGUGUUUGGCAUUCCAAUAACUCUUAAUGCUAUUCACGCUGCAGCCAUAAUCCAGCUUGUUGCAUAUUCCUCUGUUUUGUUGACUACCAGGGCAUGUUGCAGGCUGUACAGUGUCAAGAGAGGGUGCUCUGAAGCGAUCCUAUGGAUGGUCCAUUGUGUCGCCAUUGCAUAAUGAGACUAGGAGCCUCAGGAGGGUUGCCAUUUCUAACCACUGGGAAAUUUCCCAGAGUGCUGAGGAAUCUAUCAGAUUUUUAAAAUGUCCAUUAUAUUCCCCACUUAUAAAAACAAAAUACUAUCUGGCGUGAAUGAAAAUAGUCAUAUAUGCAUUACAAAACAGGAAACAAUGCUAGUUUGAACUCCAGUUUUUGAUGGUUUGUCCUAACAUAGUAAAGUGCCUCUCUUACCUCACAGGGUACUAUUAAAUUAGGGGGUUCAUUUUUUUGUUUGUUUUACUCUCUUUAUGUAUGUGCUUUUUCUCCCUCAGAAAAGUGAUCUGUUGGUUUUUUAAAAAAUAAAACAGAAGAGUGGCAUCUAGCAAGUGUCGCUCUGCUUAUAGAAGACAUCCAUCAGUGGAAUGGGGAGUGAGGCAGUUUUUGCCAAUGCAUCCUCUCCCUUUCAACUUCAUUGAGCCUCCUCAAAAUCAGUAUAUUUUGCAGAGGAGAUAAUCACACACACACACACACACACACAAUUCCUCAUUCUGUUGAUGGAUGCCUUCCAUUAGUGGAACAACACCUGUGGUAUUCUGUUGUAAAUGCUUCAUACAAACUGAAAUACCCACUGUGCAGUACUAAUGCAGUGGCAUUCCUUCUGGUGAUCUGACUAGUUCAGACCUUAGAGCCAUAGCUCAGGAGCAGAGCAUAUGCUUUGCAUGCAGAAGGUCCCAAGUUCAGUCUGUUGGUAGGACUGGGAAACACUCCUGGUAAGCUAGAUGGAGGGAAUGGCCUGACUUGGUAUAGAGCAGCUUCCUAGACCUAACCACUUUUUACAUUUUCAAAGCAAUCAGUUACAUCUGUAUGAUUGGGCAUUAUAAAUGGUAGUUAGUAAUUCUCCUUGAACGACUGACAUUACAGCUUUUUACUUUGUUGCUUGAUGAAGAUGGUUCUAAAAAGAUGGAAGACUUUCAUUCCUUCCUUUGAAAAAUGAUUAGGUUGGUGCUGCAGGUAGUUCCUUGUACUUUUGAUAACCAGGCGCUGGUGGCAAAUAUUGCAUCACGCUGCUGGGUGUGUGCUUUGUGCAAACAGAUUGCCGGUGGAAGAACAGCUGGUUUUUCUAGUUUUGUAAAGAGUCCACUGCAGUAGUCCUCUGUAAGUUGACCAGAAGUACUUCAGCUGUUAGCACUCUGGAUAUGGUAAGACCUAUGUAUUUAGAAUGCCAUUUGAAGAUUUAUUCUCAUUUUAAACACUCAGUAGCUCUUGUCCUACUGUCCAGCAAAAUAAGACUUAAGAAAAAGGUUUUGUAAGAAUGCUUCUUAUAACUGUAGACUUCUUUAACUGAACAGGAAGUUUACUGCCUGUUUUGUUUUAUUUCCUGAUGUCUCAGUGAAUGAAGCUGGGCUAUUUUAAGGUUAUAGUUUCUCUGAUACUAUCUUAAAGUAUUGCAUUGUUAUAGCAUAGUUGGCUGAUUAGAAUACAUCACGGCACAAUGAAAAUACCAGAUUCUGCCCCUCUGACAUUAACCUGAAAGUAAAUGCAAGGGUGGGUGAGUUUUUAUCAGUAGUAUCUCUCAGAGUGGUGAAUGGCACUAUUUAGUGAGAAUAAAUUCCAAUGAAAAUCCUCAUAUAUAUAUAUAUAUAUGUUUUAUGAUGGCCUAUAUUCAUAAUACCUAAUACCUAAAAGGUUUGGUGAAAAAAAUAUUAGAAUACUUUCUGAUUAAAUGUUAUUCCCGAUUAAAUGAUAUAAAUGUAGAUCAGGAAUGAUCCUAUUUUGUUGUCCUUUCACAGCAAGGCUAUUUUUGGAAUUUUAUUACUAAUUUGAACAGAGCACAGUAAAAUUACUUCUGUUUUACCUGUGACACUUAAACUGCUAUGUUGGCUUUUCCUCUAGCAAUGAACUGGAAUCAUAGCUUAGACAGAGACUUCAACAAGGGGGCAGUUUUUAUAAAUAUGAUUGAUUAUGUACGCAGUGCAUACUGAGGCAGUUUAUUAAUGCUUUUGUUGACCAGAAGUCAGACUGUUCUUCCUUGCCUGUUCUACUCUUGGAGAAUCCCUGCUUAUAUCUAAGGAAGCAAAAACUAAAAAUUAUUCAGUGUAUUAAUAAACAGCACAGCAUGGUCGUUUCACAUAUGGAAAUAUCUCUGUUCAAUACACCAUCAAUUUAGUGUGCAAACUGACAAGCCAAGAAUGGUUUACGCAAUAAUGAACCAUUUAUCAUGGAUCAUGCUCACACAUGACAAAAAUGAGUACCACAAGUAAUAAUUGAUCAUUUGCUUUACCUAGUCUACAAAUCUGUUAAAGAAUCACCCACUUAACACUUCACAUGUACCCUAAAAAUAGCACCCUUGCUCCAGGAGAUCUGUUGUAUAUUGAUUAAGAAGAAAAAGUGAAUACAGAUCUAAAAGAAGUAUUUUCUGUUUGAUAGUAUUGAUCUCCCUUGCCUUCUCUCUUGUAUUUACCUCAGAAUUAAUGGUACCAACUGAGAAACAAGAAAGGAAAAUGGGAUGGAGAGUUUAUUUGUUACCUGCUCUUCACUCUUAAGGUCCCAGGGCAGGUUGCAACAUUAAAACACAAUAUUAAAAACAGUUUAAAACAACUGAGUAAGAUUAUAUUUUUAGUGAAAGAAAAUUGUAAAUACUGUUUUGAAUCUUAGAAGUACAUAUUAGUAGUUGCCUGCCAAAUGACAGAUUAGUCAUGGUUUUCCGUUAUGUGGCUGAAUCUACGUUUAGUGCAAACUAGCAACUGUAUGAAUAUAUCCUCAGAAAAUUAUUUUGGCCAUGUGGUGGAGCAAUCAGAUAACUGUUUUCCAUUCUUCCAGUUGUUAGGCAAAUUGAACUCGCCACAUAGUCUGGCUGAUUUUGGGUUUGGGAACUGACUGUUAGACACAAGCAAGUGUGGGCCGUCUCCAGUUUAUUCAGCUGGUAAAAUCAGGGCUUGUUCUUGCUGUUUCCAUGGAUGUACUUUAAUACCAGUGGGACAGUCAGAGUCACAGAUGUCUACAAUGAAUGUUGUGAAUGUAUCAGCACUUAGGUAUUUGGUAUUGUCUUGAAGACACCAAACCCCUGUUUGAUUUCAGCUGCUCAUGCGACACACUGAUUAUGUCAAGUGACUUAUUUUCACUUUUGUUUCCAGGUACAAAGAAUCGAAAUAACCAGCUUUGGGGGGAAACGAUUAACUUGAGGAUAAUUUAUGAAUGAAGACCCACAGCAUGUUCAGAAGUUCCAGCAAAGUUGCAAUGGACACUCAAGUCACUAAGUUGGACUUUGUAACUUUUGGUUGUUUGCAAUGAUGUGCCUUUAAACUUUAUAUCACAAUUCAUGCCCUUCAUACUACAUAAAUUAUAAAAUAAUACAAUCAAAGCAACAUGUCGAAAAACUUGGAGAUUAUCAAUCUGUCAUUUUUACUGGAACAUGAGAGGGAAAUGAUACUGGGAGUGCUGAAGAGAGACGAGUAUUUGAAAAAAAUUGAAGAUAAAAGAAUCAGGUAAUUUUGAAACUUUCUUCUGAGGUAUUUAAACUUCUGAAUACUGGAGUUUGAUUUAGAUAUUUGUGCAUAUGUUGUUGUUGUUGUCCACUUAACUCAUGGUUACAGUGUAGUUCAGGGUUGGGAAGACAUCAGACUUGUGGAAUCUACUUUGUUUUUUACUACAACCCUGAGGUCCACCAACCACAGCCAGGUUCAAAAUAGUGGCUCAGGUGAACAGACUAAAGCUAAAAAGGAAUUCUGGUUGAGCAAUGGGACUUCUUCUCCCUUUGCAUGCACUCAGUGCCCUUCUGAAAUCUUUUCCAGAGGGUUGAGCCCCUAGAGCAGAGUUAGGGUUAGCAUGGGAAGGAGAGCAGGAGAACAUUCUGUUACACAAGCAGAAACCCCUGCCCUGACGGAAUUUUCACACAGUGCUAUGUGUACAAUCCAGGGUACCUCUGAGCACAUGCUCAGAAUUUGUGAUCAGUAGCAGAACUGUCCUCACGAGUUCUCUUUCACACAAAAAUCCACUCUUGGUUUCUUCCUCAAUAGUUACUUUUCAGCAACCUGAUUUAGAAAGGAAAGCUUUUUGUUGCUAUUGUUAAGACAGCUGAACAUCAGAAACCCUUGCUGAUCUUAAAGCUGGUCAGUACAGGCGGCGACCAUUUUGCACAUGUCCAAUUAAUGCAUGACUGUUGAUGCAUGGAUCCUUUAGGACCUGGAAGAGGGCAGAGCAGGGAUAUGGCGUGGCGUAACGGGGUGGGCUGGGCUUAUGUACACUUCACCAAUGUGUAGGGGGCCAGGAAUGGGACCCCUGCUCAAAAUGAUUGCCGCCUGUAUUUACUUUCCGCAUUUGCAUGUGAGUAUAUUGUGGUUUGUUAUUGCUGUCUAUAAAAUAUAACAGGUGGUAUCAUUCAUCUUGCAACAUCCCCCCAAUAAUAAUAAUAAAGAAACCAUUUCCGAUCUACUACUGUAGCACCUAGAGAUCUUUCAGUAGAUUCUGAUAUGUCCAACUCUACUUUUGUUCAUAAAUAGCGUGCAUCUGUUGUUGACCUAUAGGUUAAAUUGACUAUAGGCUAAGAUGAUUGCCUUGCUCUGUAAUGUUUUAUGAGGCCAUGUUGACUAAUCUUUAUCCUCCACUUGGAAAGGUUUAGCUUAUUAACCAUCACACUGCAGUUUUAUGUGCAGUUUCUGUAGUCUAUGUAGCAUGCUAUCCAUGUUAACAUCCUCACUUUCUGACCCUUAACCUAAAAUCUUUUUAAAUUUAAGAAUGGCUAGCAUGAAACUGCCAUUGUGUGAUAAAAAUUAAAAAGGCCUAAAUGAAUACAAUGUAAUUGCUGUCAUGCCGGCAAUAUAGCAAGGUGGCCGCUGUUCAGACAGAGAAUGUAGCACAAUGGAAUGUCAUAGAACCAUAGUUAGAAGGGAUCCUGAGGAUCAUUUAGUCCAAGCUCCUGCAAUGCAGGAAUCUCAACUAAAGCAUCCAUGACAGAUGGCCAUCCAACCUCUGCUUAAAAACCUCCAAUGAAGGGGAGAGUCCACCACCUUCUGAGGAAGAUCAUUUGACUGUUUAACAGCUCCUACUGUCAGAAAGUUCUUCAUGAUGCUUAGUCAGAAUCUCCUUUCUUGUAACUUGAAGCCAUUAGUUCGGGUCCUAGCCUCCAGAGAAGGAGAAAACAAGCUUGCUCCAUCUUCCAUGUGACAGGCAUGUGACAGCCAUUUAGAUAUUUGAAGAUGGCUAUCAUAUCUCUUCUCAGUCUCCUCUAUGCCAGGCUAAGCAUAUCCAGCUCCCUAAACCAUUCCUCCUAAGGCUUGGUUUCCAGACACUUGAUCAUGUUGAUUGCCCUCCUCUGCACAGGUAGCAUGACAAGAAUGUGACUUGGUGAGCCUUGAGCUUGGGUGUGCCCCCCUCUCCUGCUUAAUGUGGUGCAGCUCUGAGAAGGAGUUUGGAAGCUUUCAGCUCCAUUUUUGCUUGGCUUCAGCUUGUCAUGUAGACUGAACUUCGGAUAUAUGGUUAAUGUUUCUUUGAAACAAGCCAACUUUUAACCAAUGAUUUCAAAGUUCCAGUGACAUGACAGGUUGUGGUUAAGGAAGAACAGGAGCAAAAGCUUCUGAACCCCUCACAGCUAUAGCAGAGGAGAGGGGAGGAAGGGAGCUAGAGGCUCACUGCAGCUCAUUCACACCAUGCUCAACUAUGACUUAGCAGAUGGGAAUCCAGUAUGCUCUUCAACUCCCAUAAGUCUCAGCCAGCAUAGCUAGUGGUCAAGGAUGAUGUUAGCUAGCAAUAUCAGGAGGGCACCAUGUUGGCUGUUAGCAUGAUGCAUGAACACUGCCAAUAUCUUUAUUAUGACCAAGUUAAAAUUGCAAAAAACAAUGAGCUAGCUUUCAAGUUUCACAGUAAGCUUGAAUUUAAUUUUAUUGUCCACCCAGGUAUAUCUAUCUACCUACACACACAUCCCCAAAUCAAACAAAUUUCAUGUGAAGAGUAGAAGGAUAAUAGGUAGCAAAUUAGAUUGCACACAGAGAGAAAUGUCCAGCUCAAAAUCAAAAUGCAGGGAAGUGGGUGACUAACAAUUUGCUCUUAGAUAGACUUAGUCACUCCUAACCCCACCAACUUCAAUCAUUAACAGGAUCAGCUGUAAGCAAGAUGAAACAAGGGUUCAAUAAACAGAGCAGAAUGCACUUAGUGACUAUUCACCGUUGAAUGUCAAUAGAACUACAUGGCUAGAAAAAAUAAAAGCAGGAAAGGUCCCUAAAGGCUAAGAAUCCAUGACCAUUAAGACUACAGUAGAACCCAUCUAUGCUUUUCCUGGAAUUACUACUUAGUCAUAACCCAUUUCUUAGUUCCACUUCAGUGUAAAUAUGUGCUUACCUGACCUUCUAAAUAUCCAAAUGUUCCACAUGGCUGAAUCUGGACUGAAAAUUCCAGCAGUGUUGCAGGUGUAGCUGGUGUAGCUAUGUUAAUUGAGCUCUCAUUUCAACUCUCUAGUAUUUAAUUUUGCAUUAGGACCCAGUGGGUUCUAUUCGGGUGUCUAAAAUGUCAGGUCUUCUCAUGUGCUGCGGUCAUCUGCUGAUACUCUCCUCUGAGUGUCCCUGCCGUUAGAGGUAAGAUCAACUGUGACAUGGGCAUCAUUGGUUGUAGUGCCAGGAAAAUACUGAUUUUCUCCCAGCCCUUAAAAAAAAUAGAAUUAAAUUUUUUGGGUCCUGCUGCUGCUUUUCAUUUAUUAUUGAGAUCUGGUGCACAUGUGUUUCAUGUUCAAACUUCUGUUCUACCUCUGAGGAUAAGGAAAGAUGCAAAAUACGCUAUAAUGUGAUAUAUACCUUGAGCAUAAGAUUUGUAUGUUCAGGACACAGUUCUGCACUUCACAUUCAAGCACCACCUCAAUUUACUGCACUCAUUUCCAAGUAUACUAAGGAAAACAUAAUGCAGGGUCUCCUCUGAACAUUGAGAUCCCAGGUUUUCUUCAAACGGCAGGAGGAAAGAUGCAAGACCCAUUGUAAUGGUACUUCAGAACAUUGUGCUUUUCAGGUAUUCUUAGACUUUUAUGCAUUUAAUUCCUUUUAAUUUAUUUUAGUCUUAAAAAUUAGUCAGUUCUGGUUUUGGGCAAAAGAUGUUUUUAUACAGCACAUAACUGCUUAUUCUACUGACGCACAGUGUUCCUUUUCCAUAGUGUUUGACACAGCUAGAUAGUGGCUGUUUAGAAAAUGUGCUCAUGGUAGAUUGAGAUAGGAUGACUCAUUCUCCUCCUCCAUCUCUUGUACUCUUGGAACACUUAAUUCCUCCAAUUUUGAAAUCAGAGCACAUUGUCACAGUUGUUCAGUGAUUCACUCUUGAAUACACCGCAAGGAAAUAUGGAAGGAAGUUUAUAUAAAACGCAGCUGUCUGAGCUUGCUUUAUCAUAAAUGAAGGAAAUUGUGAAGCGGGGCAUUUUAUUUGUUUGUCUACAUUUGUGUCCUCACCUUUCUCUAAGGGCCUUUCAUUUGUGUUCCUGGGGCUCCUGCAUAAUUCCUUCUAGUUCUUGGCUAGGUCCAGAUUUAUUUAUUUAAUUAAAACAAUCAUACCGCUUGGUUGUUUUAAAAACUUCAAAACAGUUACCGUAUUUUUUGCUCCACAACACUCACUUUUUUCCUCCUAGAAAGUAAGGGGAAAUGUCUGUGCGUGUUAUGGAGCGAAUGCCUACGGAUGGCGGGGGGAUCUGCUGCAGUCGUGAGCAGAGGAUCCAUGGUUCCCCUUCCUUCCCUCCUCCGUGGCUCGCUUUGCUCGCUUUGAAACAGCAAAGCGGGAGAAGAGCCACUGAGUGGGGAGAAGAGAGGGAUAGAGAGCCUGGUUACAAAGCACGGAUCCACAUGGAUCCUCAGGAUUUUUGCACUGUGUCACCCCAAAUUCACCAUCAGAUCACAUAGCAUGUCCAUGGCUACAGCUUGCACCAAAAAAAUCACGCACCCACUGUUGCCUGGGGCCGAGGUGGUGCAAAAAAUGUGGUUACAAAGCAUAGAUCCACAUGGAUCCUCAGGAGUUUUGCAUUGGGCUACCCCAAACUUACCAUCAGAUCAUAUGUCUGUGGCCACAGCAUGAACCACAAAAAUCAUACAUCCACUGUUUCGUUUAGAAUAUUUUUUUUCUUGUUUUCCUCCUCUAAAAACUAUAUGCGUGUUAUGGUCGGGUGCGUGUUAUAGAGCUAAAAAUACGGUAGCUAAGAUCUGCUUAGCUUUAGAGAGAGGAGCCUACAACAAGUACCUUCAGACCAUUAUCUGGUAAUUCAUAGAAUCAUAGAAUCAUAGAGUUGGAAGAGACCACAAGGGCCAUCGAGUCCAACCCCCUGCCAAGCAGGAAACACCAUCAGAGCACUCCUGACAUAUGGUUGUCAAGCCUCUGCUUAAAGACCUCCAAAGAAGGAGACUCCACCACACUCCUUGGCAGCAAAUUCCACUGUCGAACAGCUCUUACUGUCAGGAAGUUCUUCCUAAUGUUUAGGUGGAAUCUUCUUUCUUGUAGUUUGGAUCCAUUGCUCCGUGUCCGCUUCUCUGGAGCAGCAGAAAACAACCUUUCUCCCUCCUCUAUGUGACAUCCUUUUAUAUAUUUGAACAUGGCUAUCAUAUCACCCCUUAACCUCCUCUUCUCCAGGCUAAACAUGCCCAGCUCCCUUAGCCGUUCCUCAUAAGGCAUCGUUUCCAGGCCUUUGACCAUUUUGGUUGCCCUCCUCUGGACACGUUCCAGUUUGUCAGUGUCCUCCUUGAACUGUGGUGCCCAGAACUGGACACAGUACUCCAGGUGAGGUCUGACCAGAGCAGAAUACAGUGGCACUAUUACUUCCCUUGAUCUAGAUGCUAUACUCCUAUUGAUGCAGCCCAGAAUUGCAUUGGCUUUUUAGCUGCCGCGUCACACUGUUGGCUCAUGUCAAGUUUGUGGUCAACCAAGACUCCUAGAUCCUUUUCACAUGUACUGCUCUCAAGCCAGGUGUCACCCAUCUUGUAUUUGUGCCUCUCAUUUUUUUUGCCCAAGUGCAAUACUUUACAUUUCUCCCUGUUAAAAUUCAUCUUGUUUGUUUUUGCCCAAUUCUCUAAUCUGUCAAGGUCGUUUUGAAGUGUGAUCCUGUCCUCUGGGGUGUUAGCCACCUCUCCCAGUUUGGUGUCAUCUGCAAAUUUGAUCAGGAUGCCCUUGAGUCCAUCAUCCAAGUUGUUGAUAAAGAUGUUGAAUAAGACCGGGCCCAAGACAGAACCCUGUGGCACCCCACUAGUCACUCUUCUCCAGGAUGAAGAGGAACCAUUGAUGAGCACCCUUUGGGUUCGGUCAGUCAGCCAGUUACAAAUCCACUGAGUGGUAGCAUAGUCAAGACCGCAUUUUACCAGCGUCUUUACAAGAAUAUCAUGGGGCACCUUGUCAAAUGCCUUGCUGAAAUCAAGGUAGGCUACACCCACUGCGUUCCCUUCAUCUACCAGGCUUGUAAUUCUGUCAAAAAACGAGAUCAGGUUAGUCUGACGUGACUUAUUUUUCAGAAAUCCAUGCUGACUAUUGGUGAUCACAGCAUUCCUUUCUAGGUGCUCACAGACUGUUUGCUUAAUGAUCUGCUCCAGAAUCUUCCCUGGUAUUGAUGUCAGACUGACUGGGCGGUAAUUAUUUGGGUCCUCUCUUUUCCCCGUUUUGAAAAUAGGGACAUUUGCCCUCCUCCAGUCUGCCGCGACUUCGCCUGUUCUCCAGGAAUUCUCAAAGAUGACUGCCAGUGGUUCUGAGAUCACAUCUGCCAGUUCUUUUAAUACUCUUGGAUGCAGUUCAUCUGGCCCUGGAGACUUGAAUACAUCUAAACUAGCCAAGUAUUCUUGUACUAUCUCCUUAGUUAUUCUGGGCUGUGUUUCCUUUGCUGAAUCAUUUGCUCCAAAUUCUGCAGGUCGGGCAUUGUUUUCUUUAUCGGAGAAGACUGAGGCAAAGAAGGCAUUGAGGAGUUCAGCCCUUUCUGUGUCCCCUGUUUGCAUUUCACCAUCUUCUCCUCUGAGUGACCCCACUGUUUCUUUGUUCUUCCUUUUGCUACGAACAUACCCAUAAAAGCCUUUUUUGUUGCUUUUAACCUCUCUAGCAAGCCUGAGUUCAUUCUGUGCUUCUCCCACUUUCUGGACAAUGAAGUUGUCUGCAAGGCCAGUGAGGAAUCUGUUUGACCUUAUGCUCUUGGCUGAGUUUGACAUCCAACAAAUAUCCGGGUAAUUGAAGUUCCCCAUUACUACUAUCUCCCUUCCUUUGGAAUGCUUGACCAUCUGUUCCAGGAAGGCAUCAUCUAUGUCCUCCGUUUGGCUUGGGGAUCUAUAGUAAACUCCCACAAUGAGGUCACUGUUAUUCUUCUCUCCCUUAAUUUUGACCCAAAUGCUCUCACUUUGGCUUUGAGGUUCUAAAUCUUGGAUCUCUUCACAGGUAUACACAUCCCUGACAUAUAACGCCACUCCUCCUCCUUUCUUGUCUGGUCUGUUUCUCUGAAAUAGAUUGUAUCCCCCAUUAUUACAUUCCAAUCGUGGGACUUAUCCCACCAGGUUUCAGUGAUGCCUAUUAUGUCAUAUUUAGUUUGCUGUACCAAGAGCUCAAGCUCAUCUUGUUUAUUUCCCAUGCUUUGCGCAUUAGUGUACAGACAUUGAAGUCCAUUAAUCAUUCCCCAUGUCUCUUAUUUAAGGAUUUUUCCUCCCACCACUAGGUCUGCGUGCUGUUUGCUCCAUUUGGUCUAUGACAUUUGGAUGAUCAUCUUCAUCAAUUGAUAGACUCCUACCUUCAGGAGCACUGUCUCCCUCCCCCACAUUAGUCAGUUUAAAGCCCUCCUGAUGAGGUUUCUGAGAUUUUUGGCAAAAACAUUUCUCCCAACCGUUGUGAGGUGCAGCCCAUCGCUUGCCAGAAGUCCAUCUUCAAGAAACUGCAGUCCAUUCCUGUUUACACCAUUUGCGAAGCCAUCUGUUCACUUCCACUAUUUUUCCCUCUCUCCCUGGGCCACGUUGUUCAACUGGGAGGACAGAUGAGAUGACAAUUUGUGCAUUUAAUUGCUUCAAUUUUCUGCCCAGAGCCUCGUAGUCUCUUUUGAUCUUCUGGAGGCUAUUGCUUGCAGUGUCAUUGGUUCCCACAUGAACCAAGAGGAAGGGGUAUUUGUCAGUGGGUUUUAUGAUUCCUUGCAGUCGUUCAGUUAAAUCUUGGAUCUUAGCCCCGGGGAGACAGCACACUUCCCGAGACAUCUUGUCAGGCCCACAGAUCACUGCUUCUGUUCCCCUCAGUAGGGAAUCCCCUAUCACCACUACACGCCUCCUCUUAGGUUUGGUCGGGGUUCUUCCGUGAGCUGUCCGUUCCAAGGUCGCCUGCACAUUCCCUGAGGACUGACUUUGCUGCUCGUCUUCAUAUACCUGAUCGACUGUAAUGAGGGAGAGAUCCUCAAAUGGAGUCUGCUCUUCGUCUUCCAUGCUAGGGGAGAGGACCUCAAAGCUAUUGUGUAUUUCUAAACAAUCAGAGUGAAGCUUGGGCCUCCUACUUCUUUGAGUCAUGUUUCUCCAUAUAUCUGGCUCCUGUGUUGGUGAACUAGCCUCCUUCUCAGGCGAGUCCCCUGUCUCCUCCUUGGUGGAGACGGUGUGCUCUGUUGCUUCCAAGAAGAGCUCCAGCUCUCUAAUUCUUUGGAGCGUAGCUACACGUUCCUCCAGUUGCUGGACUUUGUCUUUUAAGAGGGCAAUCAACAUGCAAUUGCUGCAGGUAAAUCUGCCUGCAACCUUUGGCAAGAUGGCAAACAUUGCGCAGGAACCGCAGGCGACUGCAGCUGUUCCCUCCCCCUCCAUCUUGAGAACAUGUCGUUGGGGGUGGCUACAGCAGUCCUCCAUCAUAAAAAGCAUGAAGACAGGACAAAUAACUCCCCCCACACAAAAAAACUAGGUCUCCCCCAACAAACGUUUGAGACUAGCUCCCCUAAAUCUAAAAGAUGGAUCAAACCUUUGCACAGGGAGAGCAGCUAAUCAGCCACAAGGAAACACACACACACAAGAAAACCCUUUUUGCUCCUUCUUAUAAAUUCAUAAAGCUUUGCACUGGUUUUUCCCCAGUUGUUUUUUUUUUGGGGGGGUGGUAUGGAAGUUUUUAUAGGAACACAGAAAUGGAAAGCAGGAAGGGGGAAAGUUGGCAUGCAGCUUAUUUAUUUUGGCAGUUUUUGCCACCCAGGAAGGUUUUCUGUCAUAACUCUUUGCAGGCAGGCAGGCAGUUCCCAAAUUGUUAAUCUUUUGUCAUUAAAACCUGCCUGAUUUCCAGCCUUUAUUUCUUAAGUUUGUAUCCAAAGUGCCGUUUGCAAAGCUACAUGCUGUGGGACAUAUUAAGUCUUACUUGUGAUCACAUGAAGUCUCCCUGUCCAUGGCACCCAUCAAACCUCUCCUAAAAUUCAGAGGACCUUCAGAAAUAAGAAGUUGUUCAUGAGCAGUCUGUGAAGGUUAUGACCAUUCCCCUGUUAGUUUCCAGCACAUGGUCUCAAAGGUAUCUGGAUUCUGGACAUCCAUGACAGAUGGCCAUCCAACCUCUGCUUAAAAACCUCCAAUAAAGGAGAGUCCACAGCCUUCUGAGGGAGUCCGUUCUACUGUCAAACAGCUCCUACCAUUAGAAAGUUCUUCUUGAUGUUUAGUCAAAAUCUCAUUUUUUUCAUAAUGCCAGUCUGCCAGAUUUGGUAGAAUCAAAAUAACGGCAAAGGAUUGAUCCAGACAGAAACUUGUAUAAAUGAGUGUGGAGAACAUCAGAAUAAGAAUUAUUUCCCAGCCAUGUUGUAUAUACAUGAUGUAUUUGCAUCAUGCUUAGCAUGUGUUGGUGGGACCACUGCUAUGCUGCCAGAGAACAAAUUGCCUUUGACUGAGCUUCCCAUCAGUCAUGUCCUGCUUUCACAUGUGGGCUUAACCCCCUUACAAGAGGAGCAUGAUGUUCAGAAAGGCUUUAUUGUUAUCUGUGCAACAUGUUCUGGCAAAUAAUGAGCAACAUAAAUAUAAAUGUAAAGUAAGCAUAAAAUUUGGUGAAGUCCUAGAUCACAGGAUAAUAUAGUGCAUAUUUAAAUGUCCUUCAUACUCAGCAGUGGAUGCUUCCCUUAGCUCCAGUGUAUUGUGAUGAUUGCUGAAGAAAGGGAUGCAGUAGAACAUUCAUUAUUUUAUGAAAUAAAACUGUCUUUUGAGGACUGGAAUUGCAGUCUCUACACUGCAAGGACUGGGACCCAGAGGGUCCUUUCAUCUCACUCAGCAAUACUUUUCUUAUCUUGUUGUUGUCAAGAAGCUUUCUGCACAUGUAGAGGGAAGUGAGGGGCAGAUGGGGCUCAUCAAUCUGGGAGGGUGGUCCUUCAAGGAGAAGGAAAAGGCUGAUCCUAAACUCCCGCUACCUUACAGGACAUCUUUGGGAUUGUUGUUUAGUCAUUUAGUCGUGUCCGACUCUUCGUGAGCCCAUGGACCAGAGCACGCCAGGCACUCCUGUCUUCCACUGCCUCCCACAGUUUGGUCAAACUCAUGCUGGUAGCUUUGAGAACACUGUCCAACCAUCUUGUCCUCUGUCGUCCCCUUCUCCUUGUGCCCUUCAUCUUUCCCAACAUCAGGUUCUUUCCCAGGGUGUCUUCUCUUCUCAUGAGGUGGCCAAAGUAUUGGAGUCUCAGCUUCAGGAUCUGUCCUUCCAGUGAGCACUCAGGGCUGAUUUCCUUAAGAAUGGAUAGGUUUGAUCUUCUUGCAGUCCAUAGGACUCUCAAGAGUCUCCCCAGCACCAUAAUUCAAAAGCAUCAAUUCUUCGGCGAUCAACCUUCUUUAUGGUCCAGCUCUCACUUCCAUACAUCACUACUGGACUGGAAAUGCAGUCUCUACACUGCAAGGACUGGGACCAUAGUAGCAUAAAUUGUGCCCUACAGUUAUAUGCUGAGCAGCUCUGUAAGGGCUGACUGUUCAUUUCAUUUUCUUAAGUACACACACAAAAAUUUUCAUUAAUUAUCUGUUGCUUUAGUAAUGAAGAACUUAAUAUAAUGUAUUGCAUUUAAUUUCAGAAAUAUGACAAAAGGCUUGGAUUAAAAUGGGGCCAGCAUGUUCUUAAUGAGCACUGAUAUUUCAUCACCUAGAGCUUUUGUUUUACACCCUGACUUAAUUUAAUAGUUCAUAACAUGCCCUUUCUCCCCUAGUGCCAGAUAUAUUGUUAUCAUUUUGGGAUUAUCUUUAGCCUUUGUCCUUUAUUUUUUUUCCUUUUCCUUUUCACCAGAUUGUUCAAGUGUGUGUGUGGUUAAGGCUGCAGCCAGAGACAAGGGAGAAACAGAACUCGGACUGCAGCACAAGGGAUGGAAGGUUAAACCUUCCCUCCUCCAUAUUGUGGCCCCAUCAAAUCACUUUUCAGAGCUUUUAUUCCCCACAGGCUAGAAGUAGCAGAUAGCUAACUACAGAACUCUCUCCCACAGGAGGCCAAGUUGGCCACCAACUUGGAAGUUGUGGAGAAUGUCAAGAUUUUUGAGUGAUGCUAUGAAAUUACGUCACCAUAGGUCCUAAGAGCCAUCUUCGUACCUCAUGAUGUCCGGACACUUUUAUUCUAAAGUAUCUCCUACUAUGGUUCAUUAACUGUGUUGUGUUCUGAUCCAUGUAUAUGAUGUACUUUUCAUGCCAGUAAAGGAGAUUGAGCGAUUGAUUGAACUGUCAUCUUUAUUUCACAAAAAUCCUGUGACCAUUACAUCUUAGGAACAGAGGCCAAGAGAUAAGAAACUGCCCGAGGUUAGGCACUGAAUCUUGCAGACACUGAUAAAAGUGAAUUAAUAUCCCAGCCUGGUAUCCAUACUAGAGAGUAAGGUUAAUGUUUUCUCCCAAUGUAUCAUUGCACCCAAAGGAUGGAGAAGGUAGGACAUUUAUCUCUGCAUAACUGAAUGUGAAAGCUGCUUGUGUUUCAGAGUCAUUUUAUGUAUGUUCUAUGGAUAAUUUGAUUCUGCUUCAGCCAGAAAUUGUUUUAGUAGAUUUGAUAUUUUAAAAAGUAGAUUAAGAGCAUUAGGCAGAGUGAGGCUUCUGCCUCAGGUGACUUAUGUUGGAGGGCCCGGGAGUGGUGGCAAGGCUGUGCUGCAGUAAUGAACCCUCUAAGUUAGCCUGGAUGCUGUUCACAUUGCUAGUGCUGAAGUAAGAUUCAACUGCCAGUCUGUUCUACUUACAUACGUAGAAUGGAGGGUGCCAUUUUGUAUUUCAGCUCAAGCCACACAAUGUUUUGGUCUAGUCCUCAGCAAAGUACAUACAUACAUACAUACAUACAUCAUGCUCAAGGCAGCUUACAACAUGAAAAAGUUACAUAAUUGCAAACGUAAUGAAAGUAGUCAUAAACAAUAAAUAAAACAUCAAAAAGUAUACAACAAAAUUAAACAAUUUCCACAUAAAUCAUAAGAUCUAAAAUAAAGAUACAAAAAUAUAAAAUCAAUAACAGCAAUAAGUCCUCCGUCAACAAAACUCCUAAACCAGAGCUUUCCAAACUUUGUGUUGUGACAUGUUACUGCGUUGGCUGCAGUGUGUCGAUGUGUCGUGCAAAUGUUCCCCGCACUCCUCCCAGGACUGGAAAGGGGUUAGUUUAAUCUCUGGUUUGCUAGUAAAACUAAAUUACUGUGUUGCGAAAUGAUGCAUAUCUAAAAAUUGUAUCAGCAACAUGAAAAGUUUGGAAAGCAGUGCCCUAAAUAAUUCCAAAGUUGUAAUCAAAAAAUAUUUUGAUGGCUCUGUCACACAUACAAGCCACUAGAAUUUAGGUUUUUAUAAAGCAGUGAAUACUUCAAGCCACUUUUCUUAACUUAAGUUUGUUGUGUUUCUUUCCAGAAAACUGAAGAAUGAGUUACUGGAAGCCAAAAAGAAAGGUGGACGGCGUUACCAGGAAGACAAUGGCAGGGUCUGCAUUCGGUGUCGAAAGAAUUUGGGCCUAAUCUUUGAUAGAGGGGAUCUCUGCCAAACAUGUGGACUCAGAGUUUGCAACAAAUGUCGUAUUGUGGGAAUUGGUGGCAACUGGAAAUGCACAGUGUGCGAUAAGAUUGCGUAAGUUUUGUUCUUGGACACACUUGGAUGUCAACUCACAUUUUCUGAUCUCCAGUUACGAUGCCUUUGACAAGCAGUAUGAACAUCCAGGUGAUGGAGGGGCUGGGCUGAUAAAGGCAUGUUUGAUCCUAAUUUGAGCUAGAGAGACGCUUAAAGCAUCUCCUGCUGAAUGAGGGUUGUCUCCUGCUAGUAUCUUCACUUGAACCCACCCUCUCCAGCUAUUGUUGUUGUUUCAGAUGUUUCUGGAUUUUAAUUCCCAUUGUCAUUGACCAUGUUGACUGGGGCUGAUGGGAGUUCCCCAUCCCUGCACUAAAGUGUAGUGUGUAUGUUUGUUUUGUGCAUUGGACUUAUUCUGCCACUCUGCUAGGGGGAACGUCAUACUUACAUAUAGCUUCCACAGCUCAAAUGUUAUAAAAAUUAAUUUCAAAACUUAAUUGCAGCAAGGUCUUGAAGUGUUUCUCCAUGUCUUGAUCCAAGUCUCUAUCAGCAAUACCAAUGCUGAGACCUUUUCAACAGGAAGUGAAUUUAAGGCAACAGUUACAUCCCUUGAUUUUCUCCAGAGCUAGUGCCAUUACAGCUAGUACCAAUAGUACCUAUUUAUUUUAUUUUAAAGUGCUUAUUCUGCCCUGGGAUAUUCCGUCUUCUAGGACAUCUAACAGACAAGUAAACACAUAAAAUGUAUGUAUUUAUCUAUUUCAUGUGGUACUCUUGUUUCUCAUACAUGUUAAGGUGAUGUGCCUCAUAAGUAAUAAAUUAAAGAUAUAGACAGUAAAAAUAGACUGUAAAAGCAUUAAAGUAACCAUGGUUGUUUGAAUUCCUAAAAACAACCAACAAUUUUAAAGGCCUGGUAAAAGUAUUUAUUUAUUCAAAUAUUCAUAGACAGCAAUUUAUAUUUUAUUUCAUCGAAAGGUAUUCAGCUUGUACCAACAAGGAGUAAGAGUUUGUGCCAUGGCAGCCUCCCUAGACAAGGAGUUAUAGCCAAGAGGGGCCCCUUCCUGGCUGCCACUUUCUUCACCUCUGAGGGUUGGGGUACCUGGAGAAGGGCCUCCAGCAAUGAGGUUAAGGGCCCACUGCCUGAUAGAUAGAUAAUUUAUUACGGUCAAAGACCAGCUCGCAUAACACAAUAAAAACAGCUUUCAUAAAGAUAAAAUAUGCAAUUAUGUAUAUGUAGAUUAUCUUAGCCCCACCUACAAUUACCCAUAGGUACAUGUAACAUAACUUGCUAACUAGCACUCUGGGCCCCUGUGCAAGAUUUCUACUUUUGUAAGCUAGCAGCUCAGGAUAGUGCUGAUGUGUCUCACAGAUGCUUUAAUAAGUGACAUCCUUUUACCAGUUAGCGAUAUUUGCUGUCUGCUGUGCUAUCCAAUGAUGUCAUCAUGCAUACUUAAUAAAAGGUGUUUUAUUUAUUUAUUGCUUUUUAUUACAUUUAAAUCCCACCUUCCUUCCAGGGAACUCAAGGUGUUGUACAUGGCCCUCCCCAUACUCAUUUUAUCCUCACAACAACUCAUGGGGUAGGUUAGACUGAGAGAUUGCAAUUGCUCCAAGGGGAAGCAGUGAGUCUUUGUCUCCCGGGUCCUUAUUAUUGCUUUAAAGGUUAGCUCGUGCUUCCUUAAUAGUUUGCAUGUGGAAGUGCCUUUUUGUGCCUAAUAUCACCAUGGAAAGAUGAAGAGAGGAUUGUUGGUAAAUAUUGGCUUGAGGAAACUAGCAUUUUUAAGGACAUUGUGGCCCUGCUGUAGGCCAUGGUAGCAAUCAGGGAGGUAGCUCUUGUAGAAGAGCAUAAUGGCUGCCCAGGACCAUGGAAAAAGAUCAGAGCAAAUUCAGCACAAAUUACAUGAGUGUGAUGAACAAAUUGAGCUGCUUGUUAGGCAGCUCUUGAGAAUAAAGAGCUCCCUGAAUUUCAGAGCAUGCAGCAGUAGAAUUAUAUCACAAAGCACUUUACUAAGCAAUGUAGGCUGGGAAUUAAAUGCAAAAUAAUGGGUUUGGGGUGGGGAGAAUCCCAAGCAUCUUUUAACAGAAGAGGGAAAGAUGAAAGAGAAAAUACUGAGUUUUUCUUAAGGAACAGGUCUCCAUUGUACUUUGCAUGCAUGAAAAAUUUAAAAUAAGCACUUGUCCUUCUAGAAUGCUUUCCCACUUCCAGCACAUAAUUUCAUUUUAGCUGGUGAAGGGCAAAGCGCAGGGUUUUGUUUUUAAGUUAACUGAGUUGCAUGGCGAUUGUGAAAUGUAGCAUAAAGACUUAAACACAGCUACAAUUAAACCGCUUAUGUGGGAGUUGUAUAGGUAUACGCUCUUAAAACUCUAUUCAUGAAGUGUCCUGCAUUCAGUAACAGUAGUUUUCAAAUGUCAGUUUCUAGCUUUAGAGGAACAUUUCCUGUAUUGCUCCUAACUAUCAGAAUCUCAGCACUUUGCCAAAGAUCUGCAGCAUAUUCUAGGGACCAAAUUGGACCUUUACUGCUCCUCUGUAUGACCUGAGUGGGUUCUAAAGUAUAUGUCACACUCUCCUCGGCAAUGCACUGCAGGGGGAACAUGGGAAGUGACCUCACACUGAAUCAAACCAUGGAUCCAUCUAGCUCAGUGUUGUCUACACUGAUAGACAGUGGCUCUCCAGGAUUUCAGACAGAUUGGGAUUAAACUUGAGGCUUUCUGCAUGUAAAGCAGUUUCUCAAGCUAUGGCCUUUCCCCAAUUUAUAAGCCAAUCAUAUCUCAGGUAUAGGUGCCUGUCAUCACUGUUCUUAUCAUUGAGAAAGUUGUAAGUUCCUCAGCACUCAGGAGUGAUGAACACACAUCUAGUUAGGAUGCCAUAUGAAUGGUGCUGGUAGAUCGGUGAAUUCUAAGUCCAGAUUUAACACAAUUACAUAGAAAUUAGAUCCAGUUAAAAAGCCUCGUUAAAAAGCCUUGGAUAUCCUUCAGCCUCCCCACCCCCAAAUGCACAGUAUUUUUUCCAGUUCAUUUGAGGGAGAGACUGUAGGGAGGUAACCUUGCAAAGGUCUACCUUUGAGAGCCCUUUGGCACUCAGUAUAAACCUUCUGUGUGUGCAUGAUUGGGCAGCUCCAGUAUUAAAACACACAGAUGUCUGCUGCCAUUUAGUUUGGCACAAAGCAAUUGUAAGUGGAUAGGGCAGGUGACUGCUAAGUGUUUCAUAUCUAAUACAUUCACAUUAUUACUGAAGUUAGAGUACCUCAACAUUUGCAUUUAUUCUACAGUUUUAGCAAGUUGAGUAAAUUUUCUAGACCAACAGAAGACAGUGAGUGGAACAGUCAGCCUGAGUUGCCAUCAUUAUAAAGGAGCAGCCUAAGAUGUGGGUGGAGGUUUGUGUGCUUGCAAACAAAUUAAAAUUUGGGUUCUAUUCUAGUCGAAUGCCUCUCUCUAUUUGGUAGAGAGUGCUAAUUAUACCAGACAGUUGCCACAUUCAAUAAGACUGCAAGACAUAAAUAAGGUUUUAGGCAGUAGAUUGGAAUGGAGCAAUGAUGAUUCAGAAUGCAGCUAUAUAGAUUGUGUAAUUCUAGUUUUCACAGCUCAAACAUUUCUCUUUCUCUGCAGUGUUAAGUUGUUAUGAUGUUCAUGGACAUCCUGGAUUCUGCAAGUUAUUAAUCAAAGAAUAAUAUAGGUAGCACAGUUGAGCACCACAUGAGAGCAGAGGUUUCAGCCUCUUGGUCAAUCCAUGAAAGCAAAGAGGUUUCUGUUGAUAUCAUAAGCAGUGAGAAGGAGUGAUGACACCUUUGCAAAAGGUCCCCUUCUCCCUCUGGUGCAGUACCAUUAUUAGAUCUCAUAGAAGUUUCGGGAAAUGAGAUGAAGUGCUCCUUUAUUCUUCCUAUAUAAGACACUCUAGUAAGGGCACCAAGUGUGGAAGGGGUCCCUUUUCAAAGGAUAAAGAGACUUUAUUUUUGCUCCCUGGGGGAGUGCUGGGGAAUGGAACUAUCUUUGUUCAGUAGCGUCUACAGCUGGUGAAUGAAUUAUAGCUUGGGCCCUUACUAAGAGUGAUGGACCCUGAGCAUACCUUGAAACUACAAACCUCUUCUAGUUUUGUGUAUGUUGAACCCAUUCUGCGUGGGAUUGUGCUCUCAUGGAGGAAAAACAAAAGAAAAGCAGGUUUUCAGUUGAAGAGGUGCCUUGAAAAGCUGUGUAGGAGUUGUGAAAUGAGGACUGCUUUUUAAAAGGUUUGCGUUUCUGUGCCUUACAUAGUUCAGAAUAAGGCACUGACUGUACCCUGAAGCAAAAACUCCAUCCUUACAACAUUUGCCAAGGUGUCAUGGAAGCUGCCUAAUAGAACAGUUUGCUUGGCAUUUGCUUGUGCAGAACGGGCAGCAGUUAUACCUAAAAAUGCCUCGUAUCCAGAAUGAAAUCUGAGCACACCUGAUCUCCUGGCUGCUAGUCUGUUGUGGUUGGACUACAAAGGCUGCUACAUUCCCAGGACAAUCAACAUCCUGGAGAUUAAUAGUUUUGAUAAGAUCGUUUGUUAGCAACUUUACUCAGGUGUCUAAACAUUUGUUAUCAAAGGGAAAUGAAGUUCCGGAACACUGCUCUGUGGUUCAACUGAAAAGGUUUCUUUGCAGAAUAAAAGUGACCAGAAGGAAAUGGAAACGUUCAAAGGGUAGUAAGAAUGGUUUUCAGAAUACCGUAGCUUCUUGUAUUCUACCUGUGUCUAUCUUGAUAUCAAAGGGCUUGUUUGUAUUCUCUGUCAAUACCCUUGACUUUUGAACCUAUUUGUGUAUAUCUGUUGUUUUAAAUUAAUGCAGUAUCUGUGACUAAUAUCAUUCAAUCCUGGAACUGAGCAACCACGCUCCCUGACAGACAGAAUUGGUGUUGGAGAUCGUAUCAUUGGGCAACUGCUGAGGCCCCCACACAUGUAGGGACUCCACUUCCAGCCCUGCCACUAUGACUUCUCCUUGCUUAUGAAUCAUGUUCACCUGUCCUCUCUGAGCAUGAAAACAAUGACUAGAGUCAGAAGAUUGCAGCAUCCUCCAAAUUGCCUUGCCCAUGCCUUCUGGGAGGUUGUGUGGAUUGGGCCUAGAGGGAGAAGGCAAGCACAGUGGUGGCUAUGGCAAGGUCUAGUGUCAUAUUUGUAUAAAUCUUCAUAGAGGUUUAAUUCUGUCCUCAACAAAAUUUGAGAAGGUGGUGGGAACUGAACUGGGACUUAGAAACUGAAGAAGAGGCAUGGAACAGACUGUGAACAAAAAUGCCAUACAAAUCCUUAUUGGCAACAACCAGAGAAUGAGCCUUUAAAAUUUUGCUUGGCUGGAACUUAACACCUAGAUGCCUAGCCUAUAUAAAACUGAACUGUUCUCUUAGGGUUGCGUUUUGUUAACUUGGCUCUUUUUGUGCUUUUCCUCCUUCUUUCUUAGUUCAUCAUUUAUCUAUAAGGGAUCACAUGUUGUGGAAAUGUGUAUACAUUAUUAAAAGGAGAUUAAAUAUGAGCUCUAAUUCUGGUUCCUCUGCCUGUUUUGUAGCCAAUAGAUUUCUAAGGGCUAAACAUAAAUGUUCGGCUAAAUAUACUUUGAGCUGUUACCCUUGUCUGACCUUAUCAUGUAGGCCCAGUUCCUUAUUUAAUUUUCUGCUAAUGUUUUCUAAAGCAAUAUAUAUUUCUUGGGUGGAUGGAGUUAAUCAGAGUACUUGUUUACAUUGAUUGGAUCAGAUUGUGUCUUUUUCCUUUCUCUUCUCGUUCAGGCAGCUUAGGAUAGUUACAGGUGAAUGGUUUUUUGAAGAGAGAGCAAAGCGCUUCAAACAAUCCACCCUCCUUGGAAGUGAUGUCGUUAGAAGGUCUAUCCAACGCAAAGCCCCAGGUAAAAAUAACAGGAGGGAAAUGUGUUUGUUCUUCCUAUGUAUAGCUAAAGCCUUGUUGUCCCCCUAAUUGAUGGUUAUAGUCUUAGUGCUGCAUAAUGAGCUGGGGCUUGCUGACGCCUUUUUAGUAUUGAAACUUUUUUUAAUACAAUGGAAACCCCUUGGUCCCUUAUCCAAGAGACUACUCUGGCCCACACCUACUUUGUUUUAGCAGCACCAGAACAUAAAAGACUCCCACACUACUCAGUCAAAAAUAUUGAUAUGCCACAAUCCUGUUCUACUGAAACCAGUGAGUUGUGUGCAUCUGGGCUCAGGAUUGCUGCCAUGGCUUACAGCAAAGUAUAGACCCUCUCAUCAUAUGCCACACUUGCAGGGGGUUUUCCUGUUCAUGCCUGUGCACAUGGGUUCCAUGUGCAAGCACAGGAUUUCCUCUUGUAGCAGAGAAUAUUGCCUCCAGCUCAUUAUAGUAUUCAGACUCAGAGUUCUCAACAGCUUUCCUUUAUACACUGAACUAUGUAUAAUACUGUAAGGGGGAUUAUCAUGCCAUUGGACAGCUUUCACCUGCCUGUUAUUUCCCAGCUUUUUUGAACUACAACUAGACAGCUGGAGGGCACUAGGUUGGUGAAAGCUGGCAUAGAGAUGUAAUGCAGCCAAUUCUGCAUGCAUACAUUAUGAAUGAGGCAAUAUGGGAUUGUCAUAAUGCAUGCUGGUGGCCCUGCUAGGUGUGUAAUACACUCUAGUCUGAACAGUUGCAAUUCUCGUAGUUCUGUUCUAUAGAAAACACAGUUGUUGCAAGGGGUGUGUGGGUGUUCAGCUUUGUAAUGAGAGUAAUGCUUUUUAUCUUUUGAAUGUCUAAAAUCUUGGUAACGUGUCUACUAGGGUAUAUUGAAUUCCCCUAGUAGGAGUUAUUUAUUUAACAAACUGUAUAUACUGCUUGAUACUAAGAAAACCUUUAAGGCAUACUUACUACCUAUCAGAGAUGUGGUAGCAUCUACAUUAGCAGGAGGUUGAACUAGAUAACCUCUGAAGUACCUUCUAACCUUAUGAUUCUGUGACCAGUGUCUGCUUCUUCUUUUAAGUGCCUGGUUCUCUUGUUCAUGUCAUAUUUUUUUUUAAAAAAAUAUGCUAUUCCUGUUUGUGUUUUUCUUCUUGUUGUGUCAUUUCUACCACCCCUCUCAUUAUUUGCUCAUGUUAGCUGCAUUGGGCACUUUGUUUGAAACACAGCGGUGAGAUAAAAAAAGAUUAGAAGAUAGGGAUGUAGUCAGUGAGUGAGAACAAAACUCUGGACUUAUGGGCCGUUGGCCUUAUCCAUAUGCUCUUACGUUCUUCAGUUGUGGAUGCUUCUGUACUUGCAGACCAUGUUCAAAUGAAUGGUGUGUUGGUGUUUCACUUUGGACAGCUGGUUUAAACUUCUUGUUAAAUCAGUGGGAAACUUGCCUUUGAUCCCCUUUAUUAUUUUAAAAGUGCCUUUUUUCUUUUUAAGAUCCUUCCUCUGAAGCUACAGGAGGAAAACUCAAAGAUCAGUCUCCAGAGAGUUCAGAGGAGACUUCAAAGCAAGAUGUGCUUGCUUCCUUUUCAAGUGGGGCAAAGUCAGUCUUCAGUGGGCACAGAAAUAUUGGGUAAGGCAACAGUUUAUAAUCUGAAUGCUGAAGUGGAUUUCUGUUUAGAUUCACUCCAGAGCAUUCCAUCAUUUGGACCCGAUGACUGAGACCUUUUUCUUUCAGCAAGGAUUUGUUGUUUGCUUCAUUUAUAUUUGAAACAUUUAAAGGAUGUGUGGUUCCUAACUGGAUUCUCCUUUGAUAAGAGAUUCUGAAGCAGCCUAUGGAGGGGCUCCCUUUUGUGUGGUGUUUGUGGCUUCCUCAGAUAACUUUCUUGGCAUUCAAACAAAAUGUUUCUUCCAUCUUCCUGACUAGAACCACAAGGUGGUAUUUGCUAUGCAUCGUAAAAAGGGCUUCCCCCUCUCCCUCAAAAUAACAGAACUUGGGAUUAGUCCAUGAAACUAAUUGACAGGAAAUUGAUAACCACCCAAAGGAAGUACUUCUUCACACAGUGUAUGGUAAAUUUGAGGGGUACACUGCCAUGAGCUACAGUGGUGGCCUCUAGCUUAAAGGAAAUUAGAGAAAUUCAAGAUGGCUGUAUACCAGAUCCUUGUUCAAAUGUAGCAUAACUCUGAACGCUGGUUGCUAGGGAACUGUGUCCUGCUUCUUGGCUUCCCGGGGGCAUUUGGUCGGUCACUGUGGGAGACAGGAUGCUGAACUAGAUAGGCCCUUAGCCUGAUGCAGCAGGGUUCUUCUUAUGUCCUUAAAAUAUUGAAGAUCCAGUAAUGUCCUAAUGACAACACUGAAUCCACUUGCCUUCUUUUCUGCUACUGCUAAGAAAUGUGUGCAACAGCAAAUGGGGCACUGGCACAAGAAACAGACGGUGCAAAUUUAGGUUGUGUGUGAGUGUCUCAUUGCACCAUGUAGUGUUUAUUUAAAAAUAAAAAUAAAAAUGGUAAGGCCUUAGAAAAUAUUUAACAGGUCUGGUAGUUAAUAAAUAUUUUUAUGAGUGAAUGGGAACCCUUACAGCCCCUUCUCAAAGCCAAAACAUAACGGAAGACACGGGAUAAUUACUGCUGUUCCUUCUUCGUUUUGUACAGUUGAAGCACACAAAUCCCUGAGAUUCUGCUUUUGGGGAUAAAGGCCGAACCCAGUAGAGUGUAAAUAUUAAAUGAUGCUUUACUUUUGAAAAAUUGCAAUACUUUAGAAAAAUUACUUGUCUUUCAUGUUAUCUCUAUUAUAGCAGAAAAUUGCACAGUGCUACAGUUUAGAUACAUUCUUUCAUUAACUUUCACCUUUGUCACAAUAUCUAAACUUGUUUUUGAAUCUUGAUGUGAAACAAAAUGCAACAAGCUUACAUGAAAAUAUACCAUGGUGUACAGUUCUCAUGAGCAUCUUAAACAGAAAAAAGGAAAACUUAUGUAUAAUCGUUAUAUGGGUCCUGUAUUUUGAUGGCUACCUGGUUGCCUUGACCUUUCUAUUGAACAGAGCUUUAUUCAAGGCUAAAGGAGAAAUCGCAGUUGUGAAGGCAGAAGAUGGAAGAAGCAUCAGCUCAGAUGUUGAUGUCCAGAGUAUAAAUAGUGCUGAUAGGUAAGAGAAAUGGUAUGACCUUUGUACGGUUGAACUUAAUUUCUCCACUGGCUUCAGAAACUGAUACAGAUAUUGAAAUUACUGUAGUCCUUCCUUCCUCCUUCUUUUUGCUGAAACCACUCUGACUUAAGGUUCGCUGAUGCUCAUUUUCUACAUGCACACAUUUCUCUUGCAAGUUGUAAAGCAAGGUGUGGUCUUGUGUCAAUUUUGUUUGCUGGUGGUUAGAGGGGGAGGUGGUACUGAGCCCUAGUAGUCAGUAAGCUGCACUCAUCAUCCCCAUCCAGCUCAGCUAGCAGCCAAGGAUGAUGGGAGUUGUAGUAGAACAACAUCUGGGGACCCAAGUUUGAAGAACAUGGCACUAAAGAAUACAAGCUGUCAUUGUAAAUGAUCCUGUUUGCCAUCUCACUACUUCCCUAAGAAGUCUUUAUGGGGUAGGUGGGGGUUGAUGGUUGUUCACAGCAGUAAAUUAGAAGGUGAUAUGGCAUAAUCAGCCAAGCAAAAAUGUAAUGUGGGUGUCAUUUCUAGUAUAUGAAUGGAAUUACCAAAAAAAAAAAGCAGAAAGGUUGCUUAGACAGUGAAGUGAUGUGUUUUUAAGUUAAAACGUCAGUUGCAUUUAAAAGCAAAGUUAUUCUAUUAUACAGCUUUUUAUUCAAUUUCCUAGCAAAUGAGGAUGGAUUCCUUGAUGAAUACCAAAUUUAAAAUUCCCAUUGCUGAAUUUUGAAAAGAUACUGGCUUUCUCAAACCUUAGUAUUAUUGAAUGGAAGGAUAGUAGUGUUCUGAGAUGUGCGUGUUUUGAAAUGUCACAAAAAUCAAAUUGGCGAAGCAUUGGAAUGCAGUUCAGGUCAGGAAUCAACAGCUUGAGACAAAUAAGGCAAAUUGGAGCAUUGCUGCUCUUGAGCAGACAGGGCAGACAGAUGGAGGUAUUUAGAGCAGCUGAACAGUGUGGUGAAAUCUCAAAUGUCUGUGGAAUGGCAAGUGUCCCUGGAGCAUUGAACAAUGUCAGAACCAUCAUGCCACACCAUGUGGCCAACAUGCCAGACUGCUGCACCAUGGGCAUGUUCCAUUGAAGGCCUGUUUAUCAGCUGUAACUAAUUCCAAGUGUCCAAAAGAGUAGAACUGCAUGUUGCAGAUAGAUUGUGUGUGACGAAAAUGCAAUAGCUGCUUUCCCCCUAGGAAGAGUAAUUAUGGAGCAGGCUUUUGGAGCAGAGAAGCUAUGAAGGAGGAAUAAUAAUAAUAAUAAUAAUAAUUUAUUAUUUGUACCCCGCCCAUCUGGCUGGGUUUCCCCAGCCACUCUGGGCGGCUUCCAUAGAAACAAAAAAUACAGUAAAAUAUCACAGAUUAAAAGCUUCCCUGAACAAGGCUGCUUUAAGAUGCCCUCUAAAUGUCAGGUAGUUAUUUAUUGCUUUGACAUCUGAUGGGAGGGCGUUCCACAGGGCGGGCGCCACUACCGAGAAGGCCCUCUGCCUGGUUCCCUGUAGCUUUGCUUCUCGCAAUGAGGGAACCGCCAGAAGGCCCUCGGCGCUGGACCUCAGCGUCCGGGCAGAACGAUGGGGGUGGAGACGCUCCUUCAGGUAUACUGGGCCGAGGCCGUUUAGGGCUUUAAAGGUCAACACCAACACUUUGAAUUGUGCUCGGAAACGUACUGGGAGCCAAUGUAGGUCUUUCAAGACCGGUGUUAUGUGGUCUCGGCGGCCGCCCCAGUCACCAGUCUAGCUGCCGCAUUCUGUAUUAAUUGUAGUUUCCGGGUCACCUUCAAAGGUAGCCCCACGUAGAGCGCAUUGCAGUAGUCCAAGCGGGAGAUAACCAGAGCAUGCACCACUCUGGCGAGACAGUCCGCGGGCAGGUAGGGUCUCAGCCUGCGUACCAGGUGGAGUUGGUAGACAGCUGCCCUGGAUACAGAAUUGACCUGUGCCUCCAUGGACAGCUGUGAGUCCAAAAUGACUCCCAGGCUGCGCACCUGGUCCUUCAGGGGCACAGUUACCCUAUUCAGGACCAGGGAGUCCUCCACACCAGCCCGCCCCUGUCUCCCAAAAACAAUACUUCUGUCUUGUCAGGAUUCAACUUCAAUCCAUUAGCCGCCAUCCAUCCUCCAACCGCCUCCAGGCACUCACACAGGACCUUCACCGCCUUCACUGGUUCUGAUUUGAAAGAGAGGUAGAGCUGGGUAUCAUCUGCAUAUUGAUGGACACCCAGUCCAAAUCCCCUGAUGAUCUCUCCCAGCGGCUUCAUAUAGAUGUUAAAAGCAUGGGGAGAGGACGGAACCCUGAGGCACCCCACAAGUGAGGGCCCAGGGGUCUGAACACUCAUCCCCACCACCACUUUCUGAACACGGCCCAGGAGGAAGGAGCGAAACCACUGUAUAACAGUGCCCCCAGCUCCCAGCCCCUCUAGACGGUCCAGAAGGAUGUUAUGGUCGAUUGUAUCAAAGGCCGCUGAGAGAUCCAGCAGAACCAGGAAACAACUCUCACCUUUGUCCCUAGCUCGCCGGAGAUCAUCAACCAGUGCGACCAAGGCAGUUUCAGUCCCAUGGUGAGGCCUGAAUCCCGAUUGGAAGGGAUCCAAAUGGUCCGCAUCCUCCAGGCGUGCCUGGAGUUGUUCAGCAACCACGCGCUCAAUCACCUUGCCCAAGAAUGGAAGAUUUGAGACUGGGCGAUAGUUGGCCAUACUGGCCGGGUCUAAAGAUGGUUUUUAAGAAGCGGUUUAAUGACCGCCUCUUUCAGCGGAUCUGGGAAUGUUCCCUCACAGAGGGAAGCAUUCACCACCCCGCAGAGCCCAUCGCCCAGCCCUUCCCGGCUUGCUUUAUUAGCCAGGAUGGGCAAGGAACAGGAGACAGGUGGUUGCUUUCACGCGUCCAAGCAGCCUGUCCACAUCCUCGGGGGUAACGGAUUGAAAUUGAUUCCAUGCAACUUGACCAGACAGAGCUCUAGCACUCUCCCGCCCUGGCCCUGCUCCCACGGUGGUGUCUAGCUCCUUCCGAAUAUGAGUGAUUUUAUCUGCAAAACUUUGCAAAAUCGUUGCAGGAGAUCUUGGGGUCUUUACAAUGCCCCGGUGGUAAAGGUGGUUCCGUUAAAUUGCGAACCACCUGAAAGAGUCUCCUGCUACUAUUUUCUGCAGAUGCAAUAGAGGCGGUGAAGAAAGUCUUCUUCGCCGUCGCUAUCGCCACUUGGUAGGCUCGACGUUGAGCUCUAACCUGUGUCCGGUCAGAUUCGGAGUGAGUUUUCUGCCACCGACGCUCUAGCCGUCUCAGCGAUUGUUUCAUCGCCCUCAGCUCCGAAGAAAACCACGGGGCUGUCCGGGCUCCAUGCAAUCGGAGAGGGCGCGUCGGAGCCAGACAGUCGAUAGCCCUGGUUAACUCCGCAUUCCAGCGGGCCACCAGGGAAUCAGCUGAAAGGCCAUCAACAUGGGCUAAAGCAUCCCCUACCACUCUCUGGAAACCAUUUGGAUCCAUUAAGUGGCGGGGGCGGACCAUCCGAAUUGGUCCCACCUCCCUGCAGAGGGGAAGGGUCGCGGAGAAGUCCAGUUGCACCAGGAAGUGAUCUGACCAUGGCACUUCUUUUGGACAAGGGUGCUUAACACUUCUUCGGUGGGCCUCUUCUCCACUCCAGAUCCACACCCACAGAGCUAAUUGUCAGUUGUAAAAACAGCUGAUGGGGGCAAAAGUUCAAGUGCCUCUUUCGCCUGGGGUCUUCUGUUCCAAACAGAAGGGAACAGGUAACAGGAGGCCACUUACUUUCCCCUACUUGUGACAUAUGCAAUACCAGGGAUCAGCAAACUUUUUCAGCAGGGGGCCGGUCCACUGUCUCUCAGACCUUGUGGGGUGCCGGACUAUAUUCCUAUGCCCCACAAAUAACCCAGAGAUGCAUUUUAAAUAAAAGCACACAUUCUACUCGUGUAAAAACAUGCUGAUUCCCGGACCGUCCGCAGGCCGGAUUUAGAAGGCGAUUGGGCCAGAUCCGGCCCCCGGGCCUUAGUUUACCUACCCAUGCACAAUACAUUUCUUUCUAUGGGUGAGAGCAACCAGUCUCACCCUGAGAUUUUUCUGCAAAAAUGGGAAUAAAAUGCUGGUGGGGGAAAAACAGAAGAGAAACAACAGCAAAGCAGCAGAGAAACAGAAACAUCUUCCUCCAGGAAGGCAGAGCAUAUAUGAGUUCCAAUAUUUAACUAAAGAAUUGGAAUGUCGUUGUGUGACUCUGUUAAACACAGAGAUGCUCUGAUCCAAUUUUGUGAAGCCUGAAACUACUAUCUCCUUUAUAAACUAAAGAUUAGGUGCUUAAUUGGCCCUGGAGUGUUUCUUCUCUGGGGGAAAAAAAAUACUGACGAGAAGCCAAAGAACGACGGUUUAAGAAAGGUGAUGAAUGACAAAUUCAGUUUAUGGGGGUGUGACAGGUAACAUUACAUGGCUGGGUAGCAAUUUCAGUGGGUUUGUUCUUUAUAAUGUCUGAAAGGCCUAACUGGAUCUGCUAAGAGGCAUGUGGGAUGAAGCUCAAGAGAUGGUAAACUGAAAUUACCUUGUGCAAACUCAGUUCCUGAAUGCUACUUACAUUAUUGCCAUUGAGUGCACUUCUGAUUUCAGAGUUGAGUUCUUUGUGGAAGAUCUGAAGCUCACCCUUUAUGUUAUGAAAUAGUGUGUCUUUCUGAUGCAGUAUUAGCUGUCCUAAGAGGAUAGAUUUUUGGCACUGUUUCCUUAGGGUGAGCACCUAUUCUCUCAAUAUGGAGGAACUGCCUGCUGGGCUGAAAGGAGCAGUUUGUGCCGCAAACCGAAGCAAUUCUUCUACUCCAGUCCAUCCAAGGUCACCAGCACUGAGCACACGCAGCAUGACUGUAGAUUAUGGCAGAGUAAGUUGACUAAUUCCCAAAUUGUUCUCUUUAGACUUUACUGCCUCCAAAGAGGUUUAAAAAAGAGACAGUUGAAACAUGAAUCGAGUUUUCAUUCAGGCAAAACUCAAAUCUAUGCUCCUUCUAAAUGUUUUCUGGUCAGGGCUCUUUUUGUAUACAGAAAUUCCCUGCCCAUAGAAAACCAGAUAUUUGGGAGAAGGAAUCUAAACUAGCUUUCUCCCUGACAUGCUAAGCUUCUGUGUGCCGGUGUCUUAUAAACGGAGGAGCAUUCAAGCAUGUGACCUCUCCAUCGUAGUCAGAACUGAUGAGAACAAGUCUCUAAUCUUAAUAAGGAGUGAACAUGGAGUUAUCCCAUGUUGUUUUCACAACCACCUUGCUUGAUUGUUGAGAGACUUGUGACCUGCCUAAGGCUACCCAGUAAGUUGUAUGGAUGAGCAAGGAUUUGAACUUGGGUCUCCCUGGUUAAAAUUUAACCACAUGCCUCCUACACUUCGUUGAUUUAACCAUUAUGUUGGCUUCUAUCAAACUCAGUGGCAAAACCCACAUUGACUUUAAUAGGACAGGAUAAUAACCCAAAUCUCUUAAAUUUUACAUUAGACUUGGGGAUCAGACUACUACCGACUUCAUUUGGGCAGCAGGUAUUCAUUCAUUCACCUUUGCUGGCUGGAGUCCCCUGGGAGGAUGAUGUGCCAAUUUAAGUUCAGGCAAUACAGAAAAACACAUUGAAAAUAAUGCAAACAAUUAGCACUCUUCCAUGCCCCCACUUGAGUAAUGUCUGAAGCCUCUCUUUUCUUAGUUGUUUUUUAAGACCAGUGUGAAUUAGGACAUUAGUCCAUUCAGAGCAAAAGAAAACAAAGGUGAGAAAAAGUGUCCUGCCUAAGGCUAUCCAGAACCAAAUGCAGUACAAUGAGGAUAGUUUAGUGACUUUUGAAACAGAGUACUGAUCCAAUCAUGCAGGGGUGCAAGGUAGCAUUCAGGUUUUUUUUAAUAAAAAAAAAAUACAUAAAUCAGGGAGAGACUUGGUGGCUUUUGUCCCAUGGCUUACCUCCCUGCAGACCCUCUUCCCCAAUUUUCUCUCAGCCAGGUCACUUAUCUUAUUCAAAUUCUAGUGGGAAGAAAAUUGCCUGUUGUGAGGGUUCAGAUCCUUUUACUCACACAUUCCUGCCUUGAAAAUUGGAUCCUGUGUCCCCCAUUUCAAUGUGACUGGGCAGUGCUAUGACGCGUUUGACCCACUGGAAUUUUUUUGGAAAAUCACUUGAGUUCACUGAAUGAAUCUGUAUUUGUGGGGAGGUUUUGACAACAACCAACACUAAAUCUAAAGAUUAAACUUUUGGUCAUUUACUAACCAUGAAUGGUCAAAACUAAUUUGGUUCAGCUUUUCAGGAUGGGAACACUGGCUGUUGUGAAGACAUCAGUUUGCAUAAACAUUAUGUUUGUAGCAGACAUAAUAAAAGCUUAGGAGAAACUGGGCACAUUUGCAAAAAAUAUUUUGCAGAUGGCAUUUUUUCUCUUGGCUGCUCAAAUCCUGCAGACUCUCCAUAGAGGCUGAUAUUUAACUCUGCUUACAUUACAUAUAGCAAAAUGGUAAAUAUGGCAGUUGCUGACAGAAUGUCUUGUUUUUGCUUUAAUGUGUUCACUUUUAUAUUUAAUAUAUUUUGCCACUUUUAUAGUUUGCAAUAUGUUCUGUUUCUGGGGCACAUAGAUUUAUUUGUAUUUAUUAGCUCACUCAGAUAAAUCAGAUUAUUUCAUCAGGAUUCUUAGUAUGGUUAGGCAGUGUCAUGCCUAACUGUACUUCACAGAUACAGAGCAAACAAACAGAUGGAAAGUAGGAGAAGUUUGCAUUUUUAGCAUAUAGUUUAGCAUAAAGUUUUUGGCACUGCCAACAAACAGAACUGUUGUAGUGGGUUAAAGAACUUGCCUUUUUCAUAAAGAGGUUUUGUUUUUGUUUUUGUUUUUAAAUAGCAUUGUAUAUGGAAUAUCUCUGUUUCUUCUCUUUGGGAAGGAUCCUGGAUUAGAAAAAGGCACUGCUAUGCCUGCAAGUGAAAGUAUACCAGCAGAUCUAGCAAAAAAGCAUCGCAGGAAAGCAUCUGGAACACCCUCUAUAGCUGUUUCUAGGACAUCUAUGUCAUCUGGUAAGCUUUUUCUUCAUUGCUACCGUUUUCUCCUUCCUGUUUUUCCUUUCAUUUAUUCUCAUUUGGAAUAAGCCCCACCCACCCCUACACACUUUUGCUUAAAACCUAAGAGGCAACCAUUUCCAGGUUAGACUGUUUUAUCCAUCUAGCCCACUAUUGUCUCUUCUGACUGGCAGAGGCACUUCAGGCAGAGGUCACCUGCUGCCUGUUCCUUUUAACUGGAGAUCCCAAGGACUGAAUCUGCAGGCAAAAGAUGUACAAUGGUACUUCCAUUGUUUUAUUUCUCAUUAGCACCUGCAAUUUGUAAUCCUUGCCAGGAUUCCACUGCUUCCAUUUGAAGAAUGAUCGGUCCAUCUGCCUCUGCAUUUUACUUUAUACUUUUAUUUAUGCCUCUUAUAGUUCACCAUAUUUCUUCUUUGGUUUAUGGCCGUUUUUAAAUAUUUUUUUUAAAAAAUGGCUAAGUUGCCAGAAUUCUGGGUAUUCAGUUGUGUGCAGCUUGAUUUUUCUCUCUCCUUUGCUUGGCUUCUGCAGAAGACAGGAGAAAUGAAGCUUCUGUAAUGUACCAGAGGGAUUCUUGUCCUAGCCCACUGCUCUGGUUCUUACCUUUUACUCUCUCUCUUUUGCUUUGGAAUAGAGUGAGGAGAGGAAACUGACAUUUGUGGGGAGCUGCAGAGAAGUUUGUAUACCAUGAACGGGGGGGAGGGGAAUCAAGGGUGGUAUUGGAAUAGAAUUUACUGUAUAAUUUUCAAAGAAUCUGCUUUUUCCUUCCCCUUCUGUUUUUCAGAUCACAGUAGAUCAGAGAGAGAUCUCAGUGUAUCCUUCUCAGAAGGCAAUGAGGAUACUUUAAGCUUAAGAAGUAAAUCUGUACCUGAAGCGUUGGACCAGGAGCUGGUGAGUUAAAAUUAUGCCACAGUUUAGAACUAUGCCAUUUUGUGUUUUGUUGUUUAGUCGUGUCCGACUCUUUGUGACCCCAUGGACCUGAGCACGCCAGGCAUUUUAUGUUACAAGGGCUUAAAAAAAAAGGUUUCAACUGAAUCCAAUGGUUCACUUGUAUCACACUCCAUGCUGUGACUAAAUGUAUAGCAGCAGAAAUAAGAAUAUAAGAGCUCUGCUAGAUCAGGCCAAAGCCUACCUAAUGUAGCCCCCUGUUCUCACAGUGGCCAUCCCAGGUGCUCAUGGGAAGCCCAUAAGCAGGUCAUGAGCACAACAGCACUUUUGUGUUCAUGAUCCUCAACAACUGGUAUUCAGAGGCAUAGGUAAUACUCUAAUCACGACUGGUGUAAGCAACCUUGGAAAGGUAGGAUAGAAGUUGGGGGUGUGCACUAACCACAAGAUUCAGUUUGGACCCCAAUUCAGCAUUUUGGAUAACAGCUGCAUACCUGAAGUGUGGUUAUAGUAGUCAUUAGAAGUAAUAAACUUGUUGAACAGGAAAGCCUAAGUUACAGGAAGGGCAGGAAUAUUAACUGAAGGUAGAUUGACAUGAUAUAUAGAGAAUUUGGACUGAUAUGGCAUCCAGAAUCAGGAAGUGUGAAGCUAAUGAGAGCAGUAAUUGCCUAAUGGCAUUCUGUGACAUGUAAUUACCCAGAAUAAAUGCAUGCUAGUGGAACUUUUUAAACAAUUUGCAAAACAUAGUUUAAAUCUGCCACCCACUACAGGAAUCUUACCUCAAAUAGGCUAGAAAUUCUGUAACUUCCUCAUGAACAAGUUUCAGCUGUCCCUGUGGCUCAACUGUUCUCUGGAAGGGACAGGGUGAUAGGGAUAAGAGAGAAGACAAAUGCUACUCUUGCAGUGAUAUCCAUUCGAUUGAUAAUCAGCAAGAGAUGAGUUCUAGAGACAUUGUAUGUGAUGAACAGCACAUUUCAGAGCCAGGUGGACAUGCUUAUACUUUUUUUCUUUGUCCAUUAGAGUUACCUGGAUGAGACAGAGGAAGAUAUUGAUGACAUUGUGGCCUCUGGCUACUCAAAGAGACAUACCAAUAUGAUCAGUGGAUUAUCAACAGUAAGUUCUCCAUUACUAUUUAUAUGUAUUUUCCUUGUACAAUUUCUUCCUGUAGUGUAGUGUUGAUGGCCUAGUUCAUGUGUCACUUUAAACCAUAGCUUAAAACCAACUAUGGUUUAAUAUGAACAAGUAGAAUGCGAGUGCAUGCUGCUCAAAAGUUUCCACAGUGCUCUUCCUCUGUUCCUGCACCACGGCCAAAACUAACCAGAAUCUGGCUUGUUGUGUUGUCUGAACCUAGUCUCCAUCAAACAAACUAUGAGCAAGAACAAACUUGGGUUUGUGUGGCAGAAAACAAACCAUGAGCCCAGCUUUGGAUAACCCAACAAGCCAGAUUUUUUACUUGUUUCAUCUGCAGCACAGAAGGAGCAGAGGAAGAGCUGUAGGAACUUUAGAGCAGCACAUACCACCGUGUUUACUCAUUCACAUUAAAUCAUGGUUUGUUUAAAACUAUGGUUUACUAUGACAUAUAUACUUGGUUGAUAUAUGUUAUAUACUAUUCAUUCUUCUCUAUUCAGUACAUUCGUUUUACUCUCCUUUCCUUUAUUCCUCUGCCGACCAUUCUUUGGAGUGUGUGUGGGAACCACAACUCAAGACUAUGUCCGAAUCAAUAAUGAUUUGUGGCCUAAAUCCAAAAUCUGCUCAGCUUUCUCUGUUGUGUCAAAUCCAAAUGUCCCUGAAUGGUGAUUGGACUAGAAUUUGAGGGGAAAGCAGCUCACUGGAGAGGCGUUUAAACUGUUGUUUAGAUUGUGCAUCGAAAGCAUGAAUGAUUUAAGACUCCAACAUGUAAAAUGAAUCUUGGAAUUCUAUCAAUGGACAGAACCAGGGCAGCUAGCCCAGCUGGAGAGAGAAGAAUGCAGUUAUUUAAAGAUGACUUAUUAUAUCUCUGUUGAUGUAUGCAGGGAUGUAGCCAGUAGCUGUUGUCAGGGAAGCCAAUUACAAAGAUAAAUGUGUUUUAGAUAAUAGAUAUACUGUAUACUUGUUGAAUUACUAUAGUCUCACAUAUAUUUUUGUAGAAAGAGAUUCAGCUCUGUAUAUAAUAUAUUCAUCCUGAAGAAGAAAAAGCCACUAUUGCAAAAAGUGGUGAUGUUUAUUUCUGCAAGCCUUGUGACAAUAUAUAAUCAAGAUAAAACAAAAGUGCGUUUCUAGAUUGAUUUGCAUAAUAAGGCCAAGGGUGUGUGCGUAUCACAAUUCCAUGGAAGAACAAAAUUUGGUGGUGAAUUCAGCUUCCUUAGAAUUUCUGCUAUUGUGUUAUUGUUUUGAAAACAACAUGGAUAAGUUUAAAAAUUUGUGGGUGUUCUUUGACGAAGAUCAGAAGCCAGGCAGGUGACUGAAUAUUAUUUCUUGCAGGAGGGAGGAAACUUCGAUAUCUUUGCCCAUCCUGAUUAACAAAAUUGGAAUAUGCUAUGUAUAAGCGAAAUUACGAAAAUCUAUAUAAUUUCCAUAAUUUAUAUGUGUUGCAGAGUUCUUUUGUUUUUCUUUGCACAUAAUUUAAUUUCCUGAGCUCAGAUUGCUAAUACAUUUUAAUACAAAGUGUAACAUGUUUGGCACACCUUUCAGCAAAAAAUGGAAAACAAUACAAUUCCAGUGAUGUAAAUGGCCUGGGAGACAUCCAGAAUAUCUGGAAAAAUAAAACUGCUGAAUAAACUGUUUAUAUUGACAUAGCAGGAAUAAGACAAAUUGGGGUAAUUGGAGAUGUGGAUUACGGGGAAGAGAGUUCUUAUUGCAUCCAGUCACAGUUCUAUGUCAUGUGGGGCCUGCAUAUCAACUGUGGAUGAGGGUCACAGAAGGUAGACAGACCUCAGUGGAAACCUAUUGGCAGAAGGUGUGGAAUGGCAUUCCUGAUGGGGGUAUCAAGUUUUUCUAUAUCCACAGAGGUCGAGAGUGCGCUAGAGCUCUUUUGCCUGUAAAUAUAUGGCAUCCUUAGUGCAUUUGGUUUUAUUUCCGUAGUGUUAUGCUCCACUAAUUUGAGUUUCUGGUUAUUAAAUGCCUCUGCUAAUGACUUUGUACAAUUUGGUAUGCCGUGGCACAGAAAGACAAGACAGACACAGUAGGAGUUCUUGAGUAAUGGGGCUAUACACACACGGCAGAGGGAGUUGGGAAAAGCAUCAACACCCCACUGUCUCACUUUGAGUUAAAGAAUAGAGAAGCGCAAGAACUAAGGGUGCCUACUGAAAGCAACAUUUUAAACAGGGAGUUUUUAGUCAACAUUACAGUAGGAUGGGUACUGUUUAUUCAAAGCUGGAAUGUGCUGAUGCUGCAUGCUGCUCAGUGUGUUGUUGUUGUUAUACAUUUUAUGUUAUUAUUAGUUGCAAAAAUAUUGACAACUGUAUCAUUCUGGUUUAUUCGGAGAGAGAAAGAUUCCCACAAUCAAUUGAGAUUCAGCUUUAGGCUACUUUUGGAUUCUUAGCUGCACCUGGUACUCCAGGUUGUGGCAGCGACAAAGAACACUUUUCAGCAACUUUCACUGAGUGAAAACCGUGUGCACGUCAGAUGAGAUCACUUCAUAUAUCUAACCUCAAGGCUGGGCAAUGGUAUCAUACAUGGGCCCAUUUUGACAUUUUUUCUUCAUCUGGCUCACAGUAAAGGCCAAACAAAAUGUGAUGUAAGGGAUCAGGAGUUGCUUUUUUCUUUUUCUUUAGUAGUUUUUUUUUGGGGGGGAGGGGUUGGAUCUGAUGAAGACCAUGGUGCUGGGAGAGGGAGGUGUUAACCUUUCCCCCAGCACUGUUUUUCUGAUUUAAAAUCCCCUCCCACAAACAGAAGCUCUUUACCCGGGCAAACAUACAGGCACUAGUAUUUUCCCUAUAGGAAAAAUAACAGCAGUUGCCUGUGAUUGAGGGGAACAGUUAUCAAAAAAUGUUGUGAGGGAAAAUAUUUAAGCCCUUCCCCUGGUUCUGCAGGUAGGCUCUAUCCAGUCGCAGGGUGUGGCGGAUAGUAUUUUUCAUUUCAAUCAUGGGAGAUCCUGGUUAUUAACCUCCAGCACAGCUCCAGUUUAGUGUAUGCCACCCUUUAAGCCAGUGCUCCAGUUUCUGCCUGUUGUCUGAAUGAAGCCCAGAAGAUAAAUAGUUUUGACAUCCUGAGACAUCCUUGAGCCCAACAUGGAUUUCUCUUAGUGUCAUAACGGAUGACUGUUGCCAGUCAUCUACAGCUGUAAUAUGACUAGCAAUCUGCGGCUAGUUCUUUGCGAUGGUGAAGCCAAGCCCCAUGGGUAUUUUGCUAAUUAUGCCGCUCUUACAAGAAAUGAUUCUGGGUAUCAGGCAAGCUGUAUUUAGGAUUAAAAUGUCGAAAGUGUUGACUUAAAUAGAAGGUUGACCAUGUCACUUGAUCCUUUAUUUAUUGUUUAAAUCCAGCAAAUAACAUGGGUUUGAUCUAGACUUGCCUUUUGCGUAUGGUGGUGCUCACCUCAUCUGGGGAAUGCUUUUGACCUGAGCUGUGUACACGCACAUUAUUUUCCCCAAAGAAUCCUGGGAAUCGUAUUCUAUUAGGGGUGCUAAAAAACUGUCCACAUUUCCCAGAAUUCUUUGUAGGAAAAUAAUGUACACAGCCCCAGCGGUGGGAUCCCAUUGGCUGUGUUUGCUGAUUCCCAACUCAGCCUCCAUUCCCCAGCACCACCUCCCACACUGUUCUAGAAGAUCUCCCCACCUUUCCAAUGGUGUGGGCUGUGACACUGGGGGGGGGGGCUGUGGUGAGAGGGAAGAAUAAGCAAAAGUUGCUUCCCACCCCUAGAUUUAACAGCAGCAAUGUUAACUGCACUUAAGGUAACUUCUACCUUUUUAAGCAGCUUUAAAAAAAGACUAAAAUAUGUUGAUUGCUGUUCAUUUGUAAAUAAGUUGCCAUAGACAUCUCCCAUAUGAUAAGUAAACCCUUUUAUCCAAGUGUUCGUCUUGUGCUGCAAGAGAGAAAUAAAAUUAUAUUUUCUGAACAUAGUUUAAGAGUAGUUCCUAUUAGCAGCUUGAAGCACAGAGAGGUCAUCACCCCCUGCUGUGUUUCAAGCUCUCUUUGCACAGUGCUGUUCACAUCAGAGAGAGAACAGGGAUCUCUUCCUCUGACAUGUGUGAUGUUUUUGGUUUCUCCCCUCCUGCAGCUUUCCCCCUCACCCCAAACUCCUAUUCCUGAGUCUGCUGUGCUCUUCUGUGUGAUGGCUGUCAGGGUAUGUUCUCAUUACUGCUUACUUUGCACCCAGUUUUCUUGUAAGAUGGAAGCUUUUUUAAGAAAAAGCUCCUUGAACAGCCAGUAUUUGUCAAGGAACUACAGGAUCAAUAUGUCAUGUGAAUGUGGCCUCAAAAACUAGUAGUGGGAGUGCACUGGAUGCAGAGUAAGAGGUAAUGAGAGUAUACCUAAGGUUUAUUGUUACGGGAGAAAAAUAACUUGCUCACUUAAGUAUCAGCAGUUUUCUUUCUGUACAUAGCCCUUCAUUACAUAUUUGUGGUAUAUUGGAAUAGGACUUCUCUUUCUUGAUUUUCUAAAGCUGAUCCUUGCAUUUCUGAAUUCUUCUGGCAGCUACUGAACACUUUGCUCUUCACCCUUUCUACAUUUCCCUUUCUUUCUUUCUUUCUUUCUUUCUUUCUUUCUUUCUUUCUUUCUUUCUUUUCUCUCCCUUUCCCUGCCUCCUUUCCCCCUUUUUCUUUCUCUUAAAGAAUUCUCCUUCAAGUUCUGACAGGAAAUGGACCUAUUUAAAUGUUCCAGAAGCAGAUGGUGACACUGUAAGUUCCCUCAUUUUUCUGAGAAACUCAAAAGUCUCCUUUUUGUUUUGUGCUGCUCUUUCCAUUUUCAUAGACAGUUAGCUUAAAUAACUAAAAAUAUUUUUGAUAAUUGAUACUAAUUACCUCAUUAAUUCAAAGAAACAAAUCCCCUUACCCUUACAUAUGAUGUGCGUGGUCGCAUAACAUCAUAACAUUAAAAAGAAAAUUUAUAUUUGUUUUCUAUAUUCAGUGGAUUUUAAGACAGGGGGCAGGGGGCAUAUUGGGGGAGGGGGACGGAAAUAAUAAUAGACUUUGGGGGGGAAAACACCUUUAAAAUGGGGAAUCUUUCAAUAGGUUUCAACUGCUACUCAUAACUAGAGUUAGCACUCAGUUUUUCAUAUUGCAUUAAUAUAACUACCAACCUAGCAGUUCGAAAGCAUACUGGUGCAAGUAGAUAAAUAGGUAUUGCUGUGGCGGGAAGGUAAAUGGAGUUUCCAUGCGCUCUGGUUUCCGUCACGGUGUUCCGUUGUGCCAGAAGAGGUUUAGUCAUGCUGGUCACAUGACCCAGAAAGCUGUCUGCAAACAAACACUGGCUCCCUUGGCCUGAAAGCGAGUUGAGUGCGCAACCCCAGAGUCACCUUUGACUGGACUUAACUGUCCAGGAGUACUUUACCUUUUACCUUUCAUAUUGCAUUAAUAUAUGAGUGGAAAGAAGUUGGCUGUUGUCUCCUGUUACGCUCAAAUCACAAACAUAAACUAAGUUCUUGAAGACCUGGAACUGAGUACUCCAUGACUGUCAAUCCAUAUGCUUGCUGGUUUUGCCUUAUAGAGUAGUCUUAAGACUUGCAGCAAAAUGGGUGAGGUAACAGCUGAAUCAGCACUUUUCAGUGAGCGCUGGCACUGCCAAGUAAUUUGCAUCAACACAGAAGGAUCCCAUGCCCCAGGUCAUAUGUAUUUGCAUGGAAUAAAAAUCUGAACUGGCCCUGAGGCCACUGGUUUUAUUCAUUUUUGAACUUCUUGUGUAGUAAAAUGAGGACUAAGGAGCUCUCCACUCAUCCAUGAGUUCACAGGGUGACCUUAGGCCACAACCUCAGCCUAACCUACCUCACCUCAUGGUUGUGAGGAUAAAAGGGAGCAGUUAGAAUAACUGUGUAAGCCACUAUGAGGUUCUUGAAGGAAGAACAGGAUAUAUAUGUAUCAAAUAACACUUGAAUAGCUGUUUUCCCAACAAUCUCAGUUAUAUUGGAAAGAAAAAGCAUUUCCUAUAUUGAAAUGCAUUAUGAACGUAGAGCACAACACAGUUUAUUAUGUAAGUCACUCUGUAGUAAAAUGCCAAAUUUGAUUAUUCUAGUUCUUCUUAGUCAGAUCUUCCAUGAAUAUAGGAGAGAAGCAAUUUUUGCAGAAUGAGUACCAUUCAAGAUACGGCUUUUAAAGAUGUGACUCAGCCUGAUGGACUAUUUCUCUCUCGCCUCUCUUUUCAGACCAGCAUCAAUAGUAUGACAAGUGUGUAUAGUGAAACGGGGGACUAUGGCAACGUGAAGAUCAGUGGUGAAAUUUGUCUCCAAAUUAACUACAGCUAUAAAACAGGAGCCCUCAACAUCUUGGUAAAAAAAUGCAGGAACUUGGCCAUAGCAGAUGAAAAGAAGCAGAAAACAGAUCCGUAAGCAAAGAAGAACCUUUUACAUAGUCUUGUGAUUCAGUCAUAUUUGCUUGUGAGACAGCAUGUAAGAAAACAUUAUACCCAGUUGCUUAGGAUUGCCACCUGGCAAGGAGGGCACCCAGUAGUCUUGCACAGGUUCUCAGUGUUUUGCAGAAGGUGCGAAAAGCAGAAGUCUCACUUUUAUCUUAUCCAAACCUCAGUGCAUCUGAUAUACUAAUACUGGGAGACUGAUGUAAGAGGUGGAGAGGUGAGCUGCAAACUGGAGAAGAUAAGAAGCAGUGGUCUUUCCUAGUCUAACAUUCUCAAAUCUGCAGUCAAAGUGAGACAAGGCUCUGGCUGAGUUCAUAUGAACUGGGAAGCCAUAAUUUCCCACUACCUGAAUGAACCGUGGUGAAUGUUGUACAUUCACUCCCCCCCCCCCAUGUGCUUCUGCUUUUCAGCUAGCAGUUGUCUACAAUAAUCAACUUUUGGGAGCUGUGGUUCGUUUAAAUUAUGGUUAGCCAGGAUAUGAAGAAAGGAUGAAGUUGUUUGCAAUUUUCAUGGCAUUUGAGAUCAGUUGGGAGUUGAGGGCAUAGUACUAACCAGUGCUCUUUUCUGGGGGGACCCAGGGGUACGCAUACCCCUAAACAUUUUGUGAAUCUGAUGGUGGCUUCAUUUCUUCUCCUGGUGAUUUUCUUCAGUCAAAAUGAGAGUACCCCUAAACAUUUUUUUUAAGGAAAAAAAAUCACUGGUACUAACUGAGUACGGUGGGAUAUAACUGUAUUUGAGCUGUACUGUUCAGACUGCAGGUGUGGACUCUUGAGGCUGCUUGUUAUUCCACAUAUCCAUGCGUAUGUAAAAUUGGCAUGUCAAUGAGCAGAGUAGUCUAAAACGCUUCUUGAGAUGCUCAUUUUAUGCAUGCAGGAUUUAUUUUGUUUUCAGUAGGGAGGAAUAUUCAGUCAUGUGAGCCAUCACUUUCAGUCAGAAGUACUCCUGCCUGAACACAGACUUACUAUCUCAGUGAGAGCUAGGCCUAAAUUGUUAUGCAUGACUGGGUGAAUAAACAUACAGUCCUUUCUCAUGCAUCACAAGCAACUUGGUUUGGAAUUAUAGUCAUGCUGUAAGAGUUUCUUGUCAGUGUGUGUAGCAUUAUAGCAUUUACUGGAUUCUGUUAAUGAUUUACUUCCCAAUCUACAGCUAUGUCAAAGCAUACUUAUUGCCGGACAAGUCUCGUCAAAGCAAACGGAAGACAAAAAUUAAAAGCAAUAGCACUAACCCUGAGUUCAAUGAAACACUGAAGGUGAGAACUGAGAGCCACUGAAAAUCUCCAUGUUCCCUUUAUGAUCAUGUGGUGGAUUGGAUACUUUGAGUAGCAAUGAAAAUUGUUUUUGUUUUGAGUUAAAACAGUUCCCUUAGGGGUUUUGUGAGAAGAGUAGUGGAACUUUUAGAAAGGGAAUUUCUCUUCUUAUUUAUGUAUUUAUUUAUAUACCACCUUAUAAUAAAAAUAUGGUACUGUUGUAUUUUUACAUGUCUGACAGUGCACUGUCAAAUGUGGACAAAUUUCUCGAUUCUUUCCCUGAAAAAUUUGCAAUGGGUGUUUUGGAUUGGUGCUAAAUCAAAAACCUAGCAUGGAAGUUAAGAGCAGAAGUUCAAUUUCCUAGCAUAUUUCUUUGUGACACUUUCAUGAAUAAGUAUAUUUCCCUUCCUGGUUUAUUGUUUUUGGCUAGAUCAUGCCUGCUCUUGGUUGCUUUCUAAUCCUAUAACUCCCUAGAGUCUCCAGGUGUACUCUGAAAUCUUCAGACUUUUGUUUAAGGGGGGGGGGGGGAGAAUCUGGUUUCAUGAUCUGAAGAAACCAUGAAAAUGCGAAGCCAGUGCAGAAGUUAAAAGUAACUAGAUUUCUAGAGAGUUCAGUAGUAUCUGUCAGUUCUCCUUCCUUUUUUUAAAUAGUAGACAAAGGGGAAAGGUUAAUUGUUUCCAGCAUCUACAUUCAUUGCUAUAUAGGGGGGGUGGGGAGUUGAAAGGGGUAUUUUAAGAAGCUCCAUCAGUGGUGGUUACUGUUUGAUAAUGAAAUAAUACAAGAAAUAAUACAAACUGGCAGCAGCAAGAAAGAAAAGGCUUGUAAGAGAACAAUUGUAUUUUAUGGAUCUCUUCCUAUUAAGAAUCUGCUCUGAUUGAUUUGGUCUGCCCUAGCAGAGGGGCUUUUUUUUCACUUCGCUGAAAUAAACUGCUGGCACCUUCCUGAAUUUAAAACUCCUAAGGCUUCUGUUACACUCCUGUAAUCUUCUUUUGGCCUCUUGUCCCUCUUUAGUAUGUCAUCAGCCAUACACAGCUUGAGACUCGGACCUUGCAGCUUUCUGUCUGGCAUUAUGACAGAUUUGGGCAUAACAGCUUUCUAGGAGAAGUGGAGAUACCCUUGGAUUCCUGGAACUUUGAACAUCAAGCUGAUGAAUGGUUCAUGCUUCAGCCCAAGGUGAGGAAUGCCAAUUGGCUUAAACUGAAGAUGGUUUCUAGGUUUCACGUAGGUGAGUUUGCAGCAACAAAAGGUGCUUUAUGAAUCACAGUUCAGGCUUACCUCCUCAGUGGAAACCAAUUUCUUGCAAACAGCAGGCCAUGGAAAUGAAGGACCUGAAAUCUCUGCAAUAUAAGCUCAUUCUCUUUAUUUACUGCUUUGUAAGAAGAUAAGCAAGGCUGUAUAUUGUCUCCCUGGUUAUUUAACUUAUAUGCAGAAUUCAUCAUGCGAAAGGCUGGACUGGAUGAAUCCCAAGCCGGAAUUACGAUCGCCAGAAGAAAUAUCAACAACCUCAGAUAUGCAGAUGACACAACCUUGAUGGCAGAAAGUGAGGAGGAAUUAAAGAACUGUUUAAUGAGGGUGAAAGAGGAGAGCGCAAAAUAUGGGCUGAAGCUCAACAUGAAAAAAACGAAGAUCAUGGCCACUGGUCCCAUCACAUCCUGGCAAAUAGAAGGGGAAGAAAUGGAGGCAGUGAGAGAUUUUACUUUCUUGGGCUCCAUGAUCACUGCAGAUGGUGACAGCAGUCACGAAAUUAAAAGACGCCUGCUCCUUGGCAGAAAGGCGAUGGCAAACCUAGACAGCAUCUUAAAAAGCAGAGACAUCACCUUGCCAACAAAGGUCCGUAUAGUUAAAGCCAUGGUUUUCCCAGUAGUGAUGUAUGGAAGUGAGAGCUGGACCAUCAAGAAGGCUGAUCACCGAAGAAUUGAUGCUUUUGAAUUAUGGUGCUGGAGGAGACUCUUGAGAGUCCCAUGGACUGCAAGAAGAUCAAACGUAUCCAUUCUUAAGGAAAUCAGCCCUGAGUGCUCACUGGAAGGACAGAUCGUGAAGUUGAGGCUCCAAUACUUUGGCCAUCUCAUGAGAAGAGAAGACUCCCUGGAAAAGACCCUGAUGUUGGGAAAGAUGGAGGGCACAAGGGGAAGGGGACGACAGAGGACGAGAUGGUUGGACAGUGUUCUCGAAGCUACAAACAUGAGCCUGACCAAACUGCAGGAGGCAGUGGAAGACAGGAGUGCCUGGCGUGCUCUGGUCCAUGGGGUCACAAAGAGUCGGACAUGACUAAACGACUAAACAACAACAACAAGAUAAGAAAAGUAUUGCUGAGUGAGAUGAAAGGACCCUCUGGACCAGCACCUUGUUGCCUACAGUGGCCAACCAGAUGUGCUCAAAAAGCCCACAAGCAGGACCAUGAAUGCAAUAGCACUCUGACCCUAGAGGUGGAAUGUAGCCUUCAUGGCUAAGUGAUUGAUAGACAUGGAAGAUAAGGCUAACUCUUGAGAUAGCUAAAUUGGAGGCCACCAUUGCACUCUGUACCAGUAGAGGGUAUAGUUUAAUUAUGUGCUGUGUAGAGAAGUACUCCAUUUUUGUCUGUCCUGAAUCUUCAACCAUUCAACUUCACUGAAUGACCUCAGGCCCUAUUAUUAUGAAAGAUUGUGGGGAAGUCUCCUUCUCAACUUUCUCUGCAGCGUGCAGUUUUACACACUUCUCAUUUAUGGAACUAGCCAUAAUCAGAGACAACUUAGAUGAACUUUAGGCCUAUCUAGUAAGGUUUCAGUUGUUGCAAGGAGGUAUGUGAACCAUGCUAUCACUGCAAGUUUGAGCACAGAAGAUUUCAUGAGCUACCUUUUCUGCAGCUCUUCCAAAACAAGUUGUCCUUGUCUCAGCAGCUUAAUGGGUCCCUGGUUAUUUAGAUCUGACCAGCUCUGUAUUAGGUUAAGGAAGUAUUACUUUCCUCUAUUUGCAUGUACUUUCUUCCGCUUACCACACACAUGUAACACAAACAGGGAAGGAACAUUCCAAUAACUUCUGUUUUGCUUCACCUUUUCAGAUGGAAGUUGUAGCUGAUACAGGUCUUCAGUACAAAGGAGAGUUGAUAGUUGUCUUACGGUAUAUCCCCCCUGAGAGGAAUUUAACACUUCCCCUAGGAGAAAUUCAAGGUAAAUAUAGAUGGGAGCAUCCAGCAUUCUCUGGAUGAUUUGAAAUUUGUCAUCUUGUGCAGACAUAAAACUGCUAGGCUGUAGAAUAUGGAAUUACCUACUGUUCAAUUACUUACCAAUCUCUGAAGGAAUUUCUAGCUACACGUUUUUAAUUUUCUGAAGUACUGAGCCCCAACAAUAAACCUUUGGGAGCAAGUAGGAUGUGUCAGCUUUCCUAAACGAGUGUAACUGAUUGUUAGCUGUCAAUUCCUCAGCCUUUUGUUACAAUUUGAUUUUUGGCUCUUCUUGGCUAAGGAGGUUUAGCAUUUUCAUUGUACAGUACACAUAAUACUACAGACACAUGUUAAACAUGUCUGUAGGAGACAGGUAUCACCUUCUCUAUAAAGGGGAAAAAUAUGCAUUUCUUCUUCUUUUUUUUACAUGAUCUGCUUCUAUAUUCAUGCAGCCAAGAGGUGCAACCCACAUUAUUAUAUCCUGGUUUUGCUCCAGUUCACCACCACCCCAUAAAUGUUUGUGGCCUAUUAAUUGAAGAAUAAUCUGUCAUGCAGUUUGGUCAGGGCAGAGAUUUAGUGUUCUUGAUUAUCUUUGUCCAUCCCUUUAUUAUCAGUCCUUUAAAUGUGAGGUAUCACACUUGUAGACACAUUUACCUUGUCAAUGACAUCUUCUAUUUUACUUUAAUAGAAGCUAAAUAUGGCUACUUGGUUUAUUUGAUAAACUGCAUCAUAUUUAUCUAGGCAUGUUUGGGUCUGUAGGUCUUUUUAUUCAGAUUUAUGACCUGAUGCAGGAGAUGGAAGGAUGAACAAAGAUUUGUCUUGAUGUAUGUAAUGCUGAGAGAUGAGUUAUUGAGUUAAGUAAGACUUUUAGAUGAGAAAUAUGAAUGCAUGGUGUGCAAGUUAUUUUCUGCUUAGGAAGGCUAAUAUGGUUGUUUGGGUGAGCCAUAGGGAUAAGUGUGAAGUUUCUAAUCUGGGAUGGCAGUGGGUUAUCUAAAAUACUGAAGUGUGUUUUUAUACACACGCUCUUUAAGCUGGGUAAAGAGGUUUCACCCCAUUGGUUUAUUUUUAAAAUAGGAAAGAAGAACUCUAAGAAGGAAAAGAAGGCAAACCCACAACUGCCGCCAGGAGGCAUAUUAGAAGUUGUCAUCAAGGAAGCCAAGAACUUAACAGCUGUGAAGUCAGGAGGCACUUCUGACACGUUUGUGAAAGGGUAUUCCCCCCCCCCUCCUUAGCAUGCUUGUGGAUGUUGAAUGUUUCUGCACAGAAUCUGACAUUUUUAUUCAACAAUAUACUUUUAAUUUCUCUCUCUGUGUGUGUGUGUCUGUGUGUGGAAUAAACACAAGUCUUGCUCCUUGACGUCCUUCCUGCCGCUUUUCAAUACUUUACGUAGAGAAAUUAUUGAGUGUUCACAUCAUACAUUGGGGAAACACCAUUGUGACUAAUGCUCUGAAUAAUUUGGGGUGGGGCUGAUGUCAUACUUCCAUUUGCAGUGGAUGACAUGGGGUACAAAAUGGAUAUUUGGAGGAACCCACUGCUUACGUCAUAUGAGAACUCUGCAUUUGCUCUUACCCUUGCUUCCUGUUCAGUUACCAAUUACUGAUGCUGAUGUCCCACUGUUUUAUCCCCUGGUGUUGCACUGACUUCUUUCCAAACCUCUACUAAUGAGUAUGGUUUUAUUACUGUUGCAUAUUUUUGAUAAAAGCUCAGCAAUUCCACAAUUUCCUUUUUAUUGUCACUUGGGCUAGACACCCUGGGUGGUAUUUAACUAACUUUUAUUCUGAGCAGACCCAUUGAAGCUAAUGGAUCUAACUUGAAUCAUAUUCAUUGAUUUCAUUGCAUCUACAGUGGUACCUUGGAUUACAACCAUAAUCCGUUCUGGAGGUCCGGUUGUAAACCAAAACAGGUUGUAACCCAAGGCACGCUUUCGCCAAUGGGGCCUCCCCCCCAAAAUUGGUUGUAAUCCAAAAAAAGUGACACACACUUCCGGGUUUGAUGUGGUUGUAAUCCAAAGCGGUUGCAAACCAAGGUACCACUAUACUCUGAGUAGAACUUAGUUGACUAAUACCCAAAGGUAAGUCCUGACUUCAUGUCUACACAAGGGAAAGAGGAUGGGGGUGGAGGAGGAAUAAAGAAUGCUUGGGAACCAGCUCCUAAAGCUACACUCAUUAAAACCUGGUCAUUUAAAUUACAGUGGAACCUCGUGUUACGUACUGCCCUCCUUGUGAAUGCCUCGGGUUAUGAGCUCCGCUAACCCGGAAGUAGAUGCUCCCGGUUGCAAACUUUGCCCCGGGAUGCAAGCGGAAGUGGCGCACUGGCAACACGGCAGUGAGAGGCGCCAUUAGCGAAAGCGUGCCUCAUGUUACGAGCAGGUUCGACCUCCAGAACAAAUUAAGUUUUUAACCGGAGGUACCACUGUAGUGAGUCUCUCUUGUCAUUUAGAUUGCUUGUGUCAUGAAAACCAAACCCAUAACGUCUUACUGCUGUCUAACUCUUUUCUCUCCCUUAGGUACCUGCUUCCUGACAACAACAAGGCAUCUAAGCACAAAACCCAAGUAAUAAAAAAGACCGUGAAUCCCCACUGGAACCAUACUUUCACUUUUAGUGGCUUGAAUCCUAGAGAUAUACAGAACGUCUGCGUAGAACUCACUGUCUGGGACAAAGAGUCCCUUGCCAGCAAUAUCUUCCUGGGAGGCGUUCGCCUGAGUCGUGGAGGAGGUAAGAGUAGUGAUUUGAUUAGACAGGCGACGUCUCUUGCCUCCUUUUGGUGGGUGGGGAACUAUUUGGACAGACAUCAAAAGGGCACGGAGGAAUCAACAGGUUUUUGUCACGUUUUCAUUUCUAGUGUGCGUCAGCUUCCCCCUCCCCAAGAACUCUGCCUGGCCUUCUCUUCCAACCUUUAAGUGGACUUAAAGACUUUAUCCCAACAGGCUUACUGAUUUUAUUACAGGCCCCAAGUAUAAUUUAAUAUGAUACUAUUUUUUAAAAUGUUGCAGUGCUUUGGGGCACCCCCAAAAUGGAGGUCAACCAAUUUCCCCCCCUAGUUGUCCAGUGCUUUACAUUUUAGCUAUAUGAACCACAGCCCUAAAUUUAAAUAGAGCACUUUGUCUGAUUCUUUAGAUGUUGCAUAUAUAUAGGUUAAACAACAUUUCAUUCGUUGUUUAAAGCUCAUUUGUUGUUUUUACCAUUAAUUUUAAAAGUGGGAAUUCAAGACAUGGAGCACUCCAGCCUUAAAAUGCACCUGCUCCAUUUUCAUAUCCAUUAAAUUUAUUUUAAAAGUAACUUAGUUUUGGGUCUUUUGUGUUUUUUUACUCUUCUCUUCCUUUAGACUUAAUCUAACCACAUUCUUUAAUAGUUUAGGGUUUAGUUUUUCCCCUACAUGAAAAGGAAAAUAGAUUUCAGAGCUAUAGGACAGAAUACAUUGGGCAUUUAUUUAUUUAAAAAAUCAAUAUAUUUCUCCGAAGGUGACAAAUGCGCUGACCUUUGCCAUGUUUUGCAAUUUCCAGGUUUCAGUAACGGCAAAGAAGUUGACUGGAUGGAUUCUCAAGGAGAGGAGCAACUUCUCUGGCAAAGAAUGAUUGAUUGUCCUGGGGAUUCUGUGGAAGGUGUAUUAAUGCUGAGAUCUAGCAUGGGAAAGCGCAGACUCUGAGAGGGGCUAUGCGUAGGCACAGAAAUAACUCCAGGUAUUUCGCUUGUACAAUUAAUUACAGGGUGGUAUGAUGAAAGCCGACCUGCCAUGGAGCAGCUCCUGGUGUAAUUUGCACAUGUAAAAUAGGGAAAACAAGGACUUUCGGUCAACUUGGACUUUCAACUCUCUUGAAACGGAUUAUAAAUGCAUUCAGCACUUUCCUGCGAUUCUUAUCAUUGUGUUUCCUACUGUGACUGAGUGGAUGGAUUAAGUUCUUUUAAAAUUUUCUACAUAACCCUAGUUCAAGCAGCUCCUGUAGAUUGUUAUUAUUUCAAGACAUGGUUGCGUUUUCACAGGAGAAAUGUGAUUAGUAGGCCCAAAAGUGCUUUGUGAUACUGUGUAGGCCAAUUCAGUUCAAGCCCAUUUCAAGUAAGUGUAAUGGUUGGAAGAUGCAAAGGGGAUGGGUGUCAGAUUGCAGACAAGCUGCAACAAUAAUUAGUUCCAUCUACUUUCCCUUCCAAGUUCUGCAUGUUCAUAUUCUUGAAUGGUUCCCAGAAGUGGCUUUGAUAAUAAGCAGUUAAGGAAUCCCUACUUCCUCACUCAGAAGCGGAAUGGCUAUUUGGGGGGUGGGGGGUGGUUUAGAGACCAGGAGAAUUUGCUGACAUAAACAUUUCAAGAGUCCCCACAAAACUCAGUGGUUGUGCCACUGUCCAACCAGGACACUCAUAACAAUUGGACAGAAGAAAUUGCCAUUAAGGGUUGCAUCCAGUGCUGCUAUUCUGCUAGUGCAGCAGGCCUCCACUUACGCAACGUAACUUUUCCUCCCCCUACAGUCUAAAAAUCUGCUCCAGAGAGUUGGAAGAUUCUACAGAGUAGAUUUUGAGGGGGUGUGGGGAGAGGAGAGGAAGUCUCAUUGUGCUGGCAAAACUGGAUACCACCCUACGUUUCUACAUAUAACCAAGUUAAUUAUUCCCAGGACUUUGACACCUUCAGAGCAAAAUAAUUAAUGAACAUUCCUAAGUUAGUUGAAAGCUAUCAAGCAGAUAAUCAAAUCUGUGCCCUAAAACAGGGUUGUUAGUGCCUACUAAACUUUUUAAAAAUAGCCUGUACCAAGUAACUGCACUGCACUAAGAUUUAAGCUGUUUGCUGCUAAUAUAUUUAACUUAAACCUCCUUCCCUGUUGUAAGGAAUUGAAUGAUCAAUUAUUCCCCUUUACCCCAAACCCCCUUUAAGCACUUGAAAACUGUAAUAUUAAUAUCCAUCACCACCCUCAUCCCUUUCCUCAAGUUGUGCAUACCUACUACUUUCAGCUUUUUGUUAUUGUAUUGUAUUUGUUUUCUAAGUCAGGGGUGGCUAGGCUAACCUGAGAUCCUCCAAUCAGCUGUAACCCAACUCAUGCCAUUCCUGACUACUGGCCGUGCUGGCUGGGGCUGAUGGGAAUUGAAGUCCAAACAUCUGGAAGGUCAUAUGUUAGCCACGCCUGAUACAGGCCUUAAAGUACAUUAGUCAGAGUAGGAUGUGAAGCAGAAUUGAAGUACAGCCUUGACGAUAUAUUUCUUCUUCUUUCAUAAAGCUCUGGUUCAGUCCAAAGAUGUGGUGCAUUAAUCCUGCUGUGAACCGUUCACCACCCAACUCCUCAGUCACUGGAACUCAAAUGGCACAUAGUCAGUGCUCCUGCUGAGUAGCUUCAGGCAGUACAUUGCGCUGAAGAAUUCAAAGGGUGCAAUGCUGUGCCUUUUCCAUUUUAAUUUGGCUGAAGGAGAAUAGGAGCAUUCAAUUUGAAGAACUGCAUUGGAAGUGCACUUUGACUUGUAGUCUACUUUGGUUUGCUUUCUUUUGAAGAUAACUGUGAAUACUGUGCCACUAAAGCAAAUAGCAGAGCAGUGAGCAAUAGGAUCUUCACACUGUCGGGAGGCCCCAACUGCUGUAUUAGUUAUUGGUGAUGCAUGUCAGCUUUUGCCACAGAAGCAACCUAUGUAAUUGUGAACCAUACUUCUGGCAGGGAGGGUGGCUCUCAAAUGGUGUCCAUGGCAGCACAACCAUUUCAAAUAAACAUAGGCUCUUGGGUGAGGGCCAUAUGUCUCUGUGGCUCUUGCCAGAUGUACUGCCCAAGUCAUUAUUUGUACCACUAAAGCGAAAGCUGAGCCCUGAAGUGCAAGCCCUGUCAUCUGAGAGUUAGGAUGUCAUUGACUUUGGUGGAAUUUAUGAACAUAGGAAGCUCUCUUAAGAGUCAGACCACUGGUCCAUCUAGCUCUCUGCUGAUAACUUUACCCAGCAGCAGUUCUCCAGUGUCUUAAAAGGACCAUCUUUCCCACAGUAAAACAAUAAUAAUUAUGUUUAGAAAUGUGAGAGACCUUUUGCAUGUAGAGCAAUAUACUCAAAUACUGAGUUACGGGGACACACACAUGGUAAAUUUCUGUUUACCGAGACUUUCAAUUACACAUUCUUAACGAAAUCAAGCUCCCACUUAUUUGUUGUUGCUUUUAAAAAAAACCAACACUGGCUUUUGCACCAAAAGAAGUACUGUACUCCAACUAGAUGUGCAUAGACUUUUUUGCACUUCAGUAACUAAAGUUAAAAAAAAUAAUCCUUUGGCUUUGUGGCAUGGUAUACAUACAUAGAGGAAGAUUUUUAAAAAUAUAUUAAAAAUGGCUGAAACGCAGCAUGUGAAUCAGACCUCAUUUAAGUCUUAGUGGGUGAAGAGAUGAGGCACAGCAGUGAUUCAGAAGAAGCACACCAAGUCCAUUUCUGUGUUCAAAAAUCACUUUUUCCAUUUGAAAACUGCAGUCAUUGCUAUAAAAUGGUAUCGAUACUAGGUGAAACUGGAUACUGUAAAUACCAACAGCAACCCAAAAAGCUAGGUUUGUGGCUGGUGCAUGAAUGGACAAAAUGAAGUGUGGCGAUCUGUUUUCCAUUUAACCAUUUUGUAUCCCACAGGGUAGAGAUGAAUUCAGUAGAGCAGGUAUGGUGGCAGCUUUCAAACUUUUCCUGUCUCUUCAUAUUGCCCCGCAACCGGAUCAUAGAAUCUCAUAACAGUAUUGUUACAAUUUCUUUCUCUCUCUUUUUUGCAUUUAACUACACCAGUUUUGUAAUUUCCCAGCUUAUAGAUAGAUGUGAAUAGCAUUUUAAAGACCCAAAGUCAGAAAGUACAAAAAACAACCAGACUUCCACUUUUCAAAUCUGAGAACCUCCCAAAAUUCACAAAUUUCAUCUGUCUUAACACCACCCAAAAAAAGGUCUCUUUAGUUGAGACACACAGUUUGUUUGCUAAACACAGGUCUCACACUCUGCUGUGUUUCACAUGCACCUACUGGGUUUCCUGGCAAUGGUGUGGAUACUUGGAUAUAAAAAUAGUAGAUCCUCUAAAAAAAUCAGGAUCAGGGGUUGCUAAUCUGUGGUCUUGCAGAUGCUGCUGGAUACCAGCUCCUCCCCAUCUCUAUCACCCAUUCUGGCUGCAGCUCAUGGGAGUCCAACAGACUUUCAAGUGCCAAAUGGUGGUCACCCCUUGCUCUAAGUGAAGAUGUUUUCUUCUGUAACUUUACCAGACAAUGCUGUUCGGUCUGCACCAAAAGUCCAUGGGGCUACUGCCUUCUGACUGGCACAAGUAAUGUUCUCUCUAGCACACCAUGGAAUAACCACCUCAUACCACCAGGCUCCAACUUUUAAGAAGACAAUGGGGUUGAUUCAUUCCCCUGCUUGAACCUUAAGAGGUUGACUAGCACAACUCAACUGUGGCAAUAAAUUAUGCUAACUGUUUGCUUUAACUACUGUCCUGUAGAAUUUUAUCCUGCUAGUCUUCAGAUGGCUUUGGCAGCGUGUUAAAAACAUCCAUGUAAGUUAGAUUAUUAUUAUUUCAUCAGCAAAAAUGCUUUGUUGUGUGCAAUGUCUUUCUAAUGUAUUUUUUCCUGUUGUCUCAUUUGGAACAAUUAUGUUGCGCAUGAACUGUAUUAUGUUAAACCCUACCAAAAGUCAGCCAGAAACCCCCCCCCCCAUGCAGGCUUGCUUUAGUGUACAUUCCUAUGUAUUUAUACAGACUUAUGGAUUGUGGGGUGGGGAAAGACUGGCUUUAUUUGCAGUUAGUGUAAAAGAUCUUAUUUUUGUGUGCAAUUAAAAUAUUUCACCAUGUUAAAAUUCC